AAAGAGAAAUAGCGAAAAAUUCAACUUCUAAUUAAAUCUUUUCGCAUGGUUUAGAAUAAACUAUUCUCGAAACUGAGAAUGUUUUGAUCAAAGCUGUGUAAAUCGAGCUGAAACUGUGCAUGGAACCUUGCGUUUCCUGUAUUUAUCUCACCUAUUGUAUGGAAUAUGUGUGAAAAUCUUCAUUAUGAAUUGGUAUAUUAUUUCAAAGAGCUACACAACCAGCAAGAAUACUAUUGACCGACAAUAUACAGAACGGGGGCAGCUGUAGUGUCAACUAUUACUAGUCAUCCCUUCCCAACAAUUCUCAAUAAUUAUUUAAAGAUGUGGAGGGAUGAGAGCCCUGGCAAUGGGUUCUUGGCAGAUUCCAUUAAUUACAGUCUGUAGUGCAGCAUUACAGUCACACCCAAAUCGUGGAAAGUGAAAAAAAGUGAUUAUUGACAGGCAGGGUAAAAUAAUAAGCCUUGACAAAAAAAAGCAUACAGAUUCAGGCUAAAAGCUGUGAUUUUAUUUUGAACCCUAAAAACAGUUAUUCACAUGGGUGCCCCUGAAGCAACCACUCUUGAAUCAGCUACAUGUAUAAUAAAAGCAUUUAAUGCUAGAAUUUGUAUGUGACUGAAUAAAUUACUGCAUUAAUUUUAUUAGAGAUCACACUGAUUACUUCUGUUUAAAUCAUUUGCUUUUCUUCAGCUUGUAUCAUCUGGAACAUACACAAAACCACUUGUAUUUAAGGGGACAUCAGGACAAGCUGGAACCAUAACGGUAGGUUUUUAAAACAGGCCUAGACUUUUAAGAUUUCAGUUACCUUUAAAGGCUAUUUAAUUGUAUAAUGUUGAUAGUUCAUCCAGUAUAAGUGUUGGUAAAAUAAAUUUUAACUCUUUUGAAGAUUAAUGAAAAGGAUGAAAAUGGCCCCUCUGUCAGGAUUGUAGUACUACAUGUACUACAAACUACUGUUUGUUUUAUCAUUGAUCACACACACUGUAAUAAUAAAUAAUUAUUAAGACUACGUGUAUGUUAUUGUUAAAUUCAUUCAUAUUAUUAUCAAUGUUAAUAAUCAUUAUUUGUGCAGUCAGUAUUCUGAGCACUGUUAGAUACUUUGGCUUGCAAAGUCAUUUAAUUUUCAAUCCAAAAAUUUAUUUAACUCAUCAUCAACAAAAGGUGAGUUUCAGUGUUGAUUCAGUGCCUUAAAGGUCAGUUCAUCUGGCUGCAUGGUACAUAAUCAUGUGGCUAUCAGGCACUUGGAAGGAGGUAUCUAUGGCAACCAGCAAGCCACUACUAGUUACCACCAAAGGUACUAUUACAUGUGCUCUGAACCGGAUAGUGGAAUGCAUACUUAUCCUGAGAACUAAAUAAUUAAAUAAAUACCAAAUGAUCCAGAGGGGAGAAUAAACAGAUAAACUGACCAUAUAUAUAUGCACUGAGAGGCCAGAAUAACAUUGAGAAAGCUACAUUGUAGUGAUUGUUAUCAAUGCAAGCCUCUGUAAAUUGCCACGUCAAGGGGGACUACUGACCAGCAUUCUUCCAACUAUUACAUUUACCUUACCUAUUAAUUACAUUUUAGCCACAUUUAAAUUAAAUUCAUUUGGUAAUUAUAUCAAUGUAUGCCUGGCUUACUUGUAGAUAUAUAAUCAAUGUUCUAUUCAUGUGCAUCAUAGGUGGUUGCAGAGGAGGUUAGUGGUGGAAAUGAUGAAGUGAUUUUCCAAUUCAGGGCUGAAAAAUUAGACAAGAAGGUUUGUAAGUUGUUUGCAGGUUUCAGAGUCUAUUAAUAAUGAUAGUAAUAAUAAUAAUAUUAUAAUUAUUGUUGUUGUUGUUAUUUACAGUGUACCAAUAUUUUUACGGGAUUUCCCCCUUCAGUAGGGCUGAUAAUUAUCAAUGGUGGGUCCUGAUAGACUAACAUUAAAUGCACAAGAAUAUAUAACACAAAAUUGUCUGUUUGUUUGACUGUUUAGUGAACUCAAAUUCUCUAAGCAAAAAUCAUUUAACCUUGACACUACAGUAUUUCGACUCACCAGGAUUCAGUGAAUACAAACAGACAUACUCACAUAUUAAAUGGAUGUCAAAAUAUAUAAAUGUCAGUGAAAUUUAGUCUAGAAAUUAUGCCCGACGGAAUUCAGCUUUGAGUUUAAACACAAUGUCUCAACUAACCUGAGGAAAGAAGACUUGAAUCUACUAAUAACCCUUUAUGAAAAAGGAGACCUUCUAUGAAAAGACACCCUAUGAAAACUUUGUUGCCAUUAGUAAUUUACUAGUAAUUUUGUAAUUUGUUUACCCACGGAGCACUAAGGAGUUCUUAAGGACUUGUCAAAACGUGUCCGUGCAUUCCAGAUUGAAUUGGAAUUGUUGGUUUUUAAGGAGAGGUGAAAAGUGGUGUAUCCGGGGAAACACCUGUCCGAAAAAGGGAGAGAACCAACAACAAACUCAACCGACAUAUGCUGUCAAUGCCGGGAUUCGAUCCCGGGCCACAUCGGUGGGAGGCAAGUGCUCUCACCACUGCACCACCCUUGCUCCCCAUUGCCAUCUUUCAGGUGUUGGAACAAAUACUGGAACUUUUGAUGUACACCAUGCGCUCAUUCGUAAAAUAAUGUUUUCACCACUCGAAAAUGAAAUUAAUAUCUUUGCACCUCCCCGUCUAAUAUCCUCUAUUUGAAACUUCAUAAACUGACCUUUAUGAACUGAAAUAAUUAUGAAGGUGAACAGUUUGCACAAUGCCACCUGACAAUGGCAAAAGAUUAAUUUUGUCCAAUGCACUAACAUCUGUACUCUGUUAAAAUUGACAUCUGACUGACAUCUGUUAAAAUUUGAAGCUGUUAUACAAAAAGCAUAGAAAGAUCUUUUUCCUAUUUUAAAAUAAUGCUUAACGGUAGAUAUUUAACAAUUAUUCCUUGAGACCAAAUGACUCAGAGCCUAUGAGGGCGAGAGGAAUAAUUGUUUUAGUAAAAUCCAACUAGUUGGAUUUUACUAAAACAAAUAUUCCGCUCGCCCUCAUGGUCUCUGUGUCAAUAGCCCAUUCGGGCUCGAGGAAUAAUUGUUAAAUUUGUAUUAAAAGCUAUAUACAUACAAACCCUUCUAAUUUUUUUUGGGUCGACCCAAAAAAAAAUUUAGAAGGGUUUGUAUGGAGUUUUGUAAGCAUAACUGGGCUACAAUCUCAGAGACAAUUUGCCCCCAAAUGCUCAUUUUUGGCAAGUAGGCCUCUUGGACAUUGUUCUUUCAGAAUAUCCUGACAAAUCCCAUAAUUUCAGAAAUUUCAUUUUUAUGACGUCACACUUUAGUACUCUAUUAAGGAUGAAAUUCGGGCAGUUGAUAGCCAAUCAGAUCUGAGAAUUUUGUGUUCAGAUUUGAGAAUUUUAUUUGCUGUACAAAAGAGGAUAUACAGUAGAAAAAAAUUAUUAAAACGUAGGAAAAACAAAAGUGGUGAUAAGAUCUAAAAAGAAUUACUUUAUGAAAACUUUUGAGAGAUUAGGCCUGCUAGAACUACAUGUAUAUUUAUUUUAGUAGAGGUUCUCUGUUUUUGUAGGCUGGUGUUCAUUUUAAUGGAGGGUCUUCAUUUUCAUAGAGGGGCUCUUAUUUGUUUUUGUAAGGGUCCCCUUUUUUGUACAGGGUCUUCAUUUUGAUAGAUCAUAAGUUUUAGUGAAGAGAAAUUUUAAAAUCCACAUUUCCCCAUAUUUCCUUCUCCUUGUCAAAAGUCUUUGUAUUUGUCCCAGGUUCAAAGACAGGAAUAGCAAUGUGGUUCUUUUUAAAGGGGGUCUUCCUCCUUGUAGAAGGCUUUCACUUUCGUAAAUGGUCUUUGUUGUUGUAGAUCAUACCGUAACAUUCAGUGAAGAGAAAUUAAAUUCACAGAUCCCCAAUCCCUACCCUUGUUGAAAGCACUAUAGUAUUAAAUUUUGUUCCAGGCUCAAAGAUAGGGAUAGCAAUGCGGUUCUCUUAGCAGGGUCUUCCUUGUUUCAAUAAUGGAACUUCAAGUGUUCAUUUUCUAAAUCACCCUUCUUGAUACUGCAUAGUAAGAAAAUCGUAAAAAAAGACAUUAAACAAGUCUUUCUCUUACAUGUUUAUUUAAUAAACUCUUUUCACUGAAUUGCAGGGAACUAAAUAUUAUGUGAAAAAAUUUACUGCUGCAAGAUAGUGUUCUUGCUCUUGUGCAUAGCUCUAAUUUACAUCUGAUUGAAAGUUUAAGCCACGUUAUGGUUUUUCUUUACAUUACAUUUUGUUAAGUUAUUGGUUUUAUGUCUAUGUGCAGAAUUUUCUUUUUUUCUUUUAACUCUUGCUGCAAUUGUGUUUUACUGAAUAAUGAAAAAAGUCGUACAAAAUUAAUGGUCUGGUUUGUUACAAAAAGUCAGGGACAAGAAAACUUCUAACCACGUACUGUAGUUGUCAUAACUCUCGACCACUUUUAGGAAUGCACGAAGCAGAUCGUCUGCUUAUGAUUAACCAGAUAAAUCUGAACCUUGAAACAGCUUUCCCGCGGUUUGUGUGUCAAGAAAGUCUAUCAUUCAUUUUACUCUUAAAAUCUAAAGCCCUACACCGUAAGGUUAGUAAGUACAUUGUACCAUGCCACCUAGGAUACAUGUACAUGUCAGAGUCAACAUACACUGUUUAAAUUUUUUUAUGGCUCAAUGAAAUUUAAUUUUAUUGUAAUUAUUUUUGUUCCCUUUUGUCUCAAACUCCUUAUUGUUAAUAAUGUUAUUAACGAUAAAGAGGGCAAACAACAGGACUGGAACUACCUCUAGUUAUAGGUUUUCUAGCAAUGAAGUGUCUAGGGUUGCAUUCUAGAAAGCCCAGUUGGCUGGGCAUCUUGGGUUGUUGCAGAAUCGAUAUGGAGUAAAGAUUUUAACUUGUGCUUUAGAGCUAUGGGACUAGACUCAAACUUCUAAUUUGAGUGAUAUCAACCAACAACAUCUAAUAAAUUCAGCCAUUACCUGUAGAUGUGUAAGCCCGUGGAUGUUGUUAAGAUCAUUUUAAAAUAUUGAAUUUUCCCUUUUGACUCCUUGCGAGCAUUGAAAGCGUUGCUUAAAGACAAUAAUUGAUGGGAUGAUUAACAAACUUAACAGUUAGUUCACUAAAAGGGGAAGAACAGUACAAUUAACUGUGGCGUUGAGAAAACAGUAAAGCGGGUUGAUCAAGCCCUGUAAUCCUGCAACUGAAUUAGCGUCAUUCUGUAAGGUAGAGGGUUUGAUUCGAUCCAGGCUUUGUUAUACCUUAGUAAAAUUGAUGUUGAAAUUAGUCAAGUUCGGGAUUUUUUGUUGUUGUCGUAGAACUCUUUUUGUUGCUACGGAGAUACGGAAAGGAACUCAGCACACUGUUGUUCGUCUUAGAUUUACUUGAAACAUUAAUUGAGGAAAGAAAGAUGUGCUAAUAUUAUUUUCAUUUGUCUUGGCUCUAACUUGGCUCAUUCCGUGACGAAACACACUCGCAAUGUUUUAAUGGGAUUGUCUCAAUUAAUGCCUCUGUUCUAAGCAACCAUGCACCCUUUGCAAAGCAAAUUUAUAAUAAUUUGGACUCUUGAACACUAAAAUACCCUGCUUAAUUGAUUUGUACUUUCUUAGUCUUUUAAUUUAAGCUAGAGAACUCUCCGGGACUGUUUCAUUUUUGACGGCAUAGACGAGUUGUCACUUGAUAAUGUAGGCAACAUGAGCAUCAGUUGGAUCCAGCAUCUGCCAUUGGUUGUUAUAACCACCCCAGCCAUAGUGAAGGAAGAAUUCGUAGUCUUGGGCUGUGUUCCAGGUGCACCUGGUUUUCUUGACAGAGCACCGGUCCCAAGUCUCGCAGUGGCGAUAGUUUCUUGAUUUAGUGCGGUAUUUUGUGGCAACCACUGAGUGCCCAUCCUUUUUGCUGUAUUGGAAGUCAAAAACAACAGGAUAUCCAAUAUCCAGCCACCUCUUUCCUAUGAUUCUUAACCAUACAGCCGAUUGUGGCUCCAGGUAACUGACAACACGUGCCUUUCCUCCCUGGCGGGCCUGAAACCAUGGCUGGAUGAGUCGCAUCUUUUCAGGGUAAGUGGCACCCUCUCCAUUGUCACAGAACGUUUUGACCUGUCGACGAAUAUCUUCCACAAAGUAUUUCACCUUGUUUGUCAGUUUUUUUGGUGCUGUUUCAUAACUGUGUCCGUAUAUUUUAGGACUAAAUAUCGAGGAAAAUGAUGAUGCGCGGCGGUCGUAGUAUCCAAAAACUUGAGCCCAGGCCACGGGACUACACCCGCUGUAACAAUUACCACAACAUUUGUGUUGAUUAUAAUCGGGCAUGUCAUAGUCAGCACCAGCUACUCUUUUGUUACCGCUUCCUGGCGGAGAACGUCCGAACCGUUUUGAUUGUAAGUUAAUUGCAUAGUGUUUUGUGGCCGAUUGGUGAUUGUACAUCUGGAUUCUGAUUUCAAAACCUAGUUCACGGCCUUCUAAUAUCCUCUUCACAAAUACCGGGUUCCCAUGGAUUUCGAGUUUUAAAUAAACUAGGUUGUUGGGUGUUUUCUUCACAGCAAAUGGAUUCACUUUGGAUGUACCAUUUAGACAGACGUCAACAAGCACUUUACAGAGUUUGUGUUGCCAUGUUGCUUUUGUUGAUUUUGAAUUGGGAUGAAAACCACUUUUGCCAAAACUUGUGACGUAGAUAUUAAGUGACUUGAACUUUUCACCAAGGGCGACUUUUACAACUGAUCCAGGUGAAAGGGCUUCUUCGUCAGUUACUUUCUUCUUUCGUGUUUUGCCCGUGUCUGUUGUUGCCCAGUCUAGAACUGUUCGACGUUCUUUUGCUCUCUUUCUCCACAUCUCUUGGAACUCAUUUAGGCUUGUCUUCACCAUCUGGUCUAGUAUGUGCCAGUUGUCAAUCUGUUUAGAGUGGGAAGUGGAAUUUGGCUUUAAUAACAUUCAAAUAUGAAGUGGUCAUGGGAUGGUGACGUCAACAAAUUUCAUUAAAGAAGGCAAAAUAGGGAGAAAACUAUAGAAUGGUUAACAAUUUGCCUACUCUUGACCUCAAGGAGAACAUGUUGUAAGACAGACUUUCUCAAUUUCAGUGAUAAAUGCUCCACUGUAUAUUUCAAACAUAUUUUAUCCUGUUUUCUCAAUUGAAUCCUUCAAACUCCCUGUAAUUUGCAUCUGAUCACUGUUUUAACAAUUGCUCUUCAUUAGAUACUUGCUUAAAAUAAGCAAUCGAAAGUUCUUGUUCAAAACAUGAGGUUUCUCUUACAGGCCACAAGUGAAGUUCACUUAAUGUCUUAUUGAUGUAUUUUACUAAAGAGUUUUUUUGGGGGCUUAGAACCCGAUAAAACCUGAUCAUACUCACUUGCUUAGAACUAAAGGAACGAUCCUUGCAGCAGUGCAUGCAAUUAAAAUUGACAAAGACAUUGUCUUUGAUAAGCGUAGAAAGGCUUCCGAGACUUUGAGCUCUAUUUCAUAAGAAUUUUAAGUCAAACAAAACAGAGAGAAGUGUUUUUGAGCAGUGGGGGUAAAAAGAGAAAUAGAAGGAAAGAAACGUUGCUUUGUUAAAAAUUAUCCAGGCUUGAAUGCAAUUUCUUUCAUCACCAGGUUAAUUUUUGUAGGGCUAUCUGUAACAUAAAUACAAUAAUGCAAAACAAAAAAAAAUACCUCAGCAACAUCAGCUGUCCAGUUGUAACUUGCUGCCACAACGGUUCCCUUGUAGUUGUUGCAAAUUGUCAGUCCCACUGGUGACAAUCGAUAGAACUUCUCACACUUCUGACCAUUUUUGUUAGCCUGCUGUAUCAGGAGAUCCGUUGGUCUUGGAUCUGGGCCACUCUGUACUUCUCUAAAGUCUCCGGUUUUAGGGCCAGAGGAUAGUAUGACGUAGUCUUUUCCAGUGUCUAUUUCGUAGUAGGCCACAUACUUUGGGCCUAGGUCGAGUCGAUAUAUUGAACGAGUAGGCCCUCGCUCAUCAGAUACAUUGACUUUCAUCAGAUCUUUGAAGUCAUCAAACUCACUAAGCUCUACCAGCGAAUCCAGGACUUCAUACGGAAGCUCAGACAUUCCUGGCUUGGGAACCAAAAUGAUGAUACCCAGGAGGAUAAAACCUUUGGCAUAUGACAGUGACAUUUUGUUCCGAAGACUAGCUACCUUGUUAAGGUGACAAAGAAAAGAAAGCCGGAUCAGGAUAAUAACAUAUCUAAGGCAACUAAUUUUCUUAAAUUUGCGGAGUGUGAAAAAUGCGCGGUAUAGAAACUGCGAAGUGUAGAAAAAGACUGAUUGUUCAGGGGCACCCAACGACGGUUUCCUCCGAAAUGCAUUGAAAACACUUUUUAGGCUGCCCAGUGUACUUUAAGAUAUCUAGGAGUGCAUUCAAAGCGGUGCUAUAAAAUUUGUAUCUGUUCUGUCAUCCUAGGGGAACUUGAAUCUUUUCGAAAUUACGAGGGCUUCAGUAUUAUCUUCCCAAAAAUUUUAGAUGCAAUUUAACGUUUUACGAAAGUGAGAAUUUUUCUAUUUUCCUCUCUCCGUUACCUUUUUGAAUCCGAAAAUUUUAGGUUUCCUUUUCCUACGAAAAAUAGCCAAGAUGGGCAGUGAAAUGUGAAAAAUAAAGUUCAGAAAACCGUAGGGAAUUUAGUAGACAAGCCUCAAAAUGUUUUCGUUAAUGUACGGUUUUCUUCUUGCACCCGAUAUACUAGAAAGCAUUGCUUUUCUCUACUGCACAUCUGAGAGGUUCUCCGAACCAACCAGAUACCCAUGUAGAUCAAGACGUUUCACUCAGUCCCAGCGGUCAAUAAAUCAAUCCUCCGCGGUUUUAUAUUUUCGUACGCGCGCCCGACGACUAAAACGAAAUUAGAACGCCUGUGAACAGACUAAAUUCUCAGCCAAAUUGUCAUUGAGAUAUCAACGAUCUAAUUUACAAGUUGAUGAUGCAGUCAUCCCGUAGGCCAUUAAAAUCGAAUUUUGUUAGAGAUAAUCGGUUAUGUUUAUUGGGGGGAGUACAUAUUCUUUUACCUUUUAGCUGUCUCGCAGUCCUUAGUGGUUUUGUAAUUUAUCUAAGCACAGUUGAACUUCCCAAUGUCGAGCAACUCAGAGUUGUGCCAACUUUGCCAUCGGGAAGCGCUAUUUAUUUUAGAGUGCUAAGUUCCGAAUCAUUGUUUUCCAAGAACAUGAAAAAAGAAAAUUCUAACGUGCCAGGCCUCUCAACUGCUUGCCGCAAAUUUAUGCCCUGCAGCUAAUCACUUGCGUCAUGUUUUCAAUUAUACUAUUGAAAACGAACUCCUAACACCUUCGAAUAAACCGCGGCAGAUACCAAGAUGAACGAGUUGUUUAAUAGAAGCAAGAGACGCAAUUAAAAACUUCAUCCAGCUGUUCAUCUAACUAUUUGUAACAUCAAUGACUAUUUGUAACAUGGCGAGGCCCUUAAUAACUCAGUUUACGAUCGCGGAAACUUCAUGUAAAAGUUAUGAGCAAAUCGCUAGAGGCGAGGGAAAAUUGACUGUACCCCCUAUGCGAGUUCCACGUAUUCGAAACCGAAACCCGCUUUCUUUCACAUCGUCCCAAAUACUCUACAAUAAAGUCCGUUGAAAUCCUAAAUAUCAGACGGUGAUCCGCCACGAAAAUAACCGGAGUUUUUAUAACUCCAAAUGAGUGUUAAGUAAACGAACAAUUGAUAAAGUUUAUGUCUUCCGUAGGUGAUGUAAUUUCAUUUAAAAUUUUGUUGAUUGUUUUUACCAACAUUCUGUGGAUUCUAAUUUUUUUUAAGACUCACGGUCCCAGCGAAUUUGGACUUUAUAGAAGUUAACGCGACUUAAGGUGACUCGACCCAGUUUUUUGGGGGGGUACCAUCCUACUUUGAAGCUCUCUGGUAUCCCCACCUUCACUCUUAUCGUACGUCUAACACAUAGAAUGGAUAACAUAUAGAUCAAUCUACAAUAUAACAUAAAAUUUUUGACGAUCGGAGUAAAUGUCACGUGGUUAUAAUGUCACGCCCCUUUGAGGUAUGAGUCGAAAUCUGCUGUUGCCGGCAUUUUUUCGUGAAAAUCUCUCGGCUACACAUAGUGCGCAUUAGUGCCUUGCCUUGAACACAGUUUCACCAAAAUCGGUGAGCAUUUGGACGUCAGCCAAGCGCGGUCAUUGCACGCGUGCUGAACAAGAAUCAGUGCUGUAUCAUGACCGACUAGAAACAAUAGACAACUCCCAAAGCACAGACUCAUCCAAAACGCUAAAAAUCUUCAAUGUUUACUCAAGUUUGGGCUUAUAGAAGAUAAUGUCACAGUUUUUCAAUGACCAUGAAAUUCAGAGUCCGGGUAGUUAGUUACUCAAUUGUGGCCCUGAAAAAAUUUGAAGAAAAAAAAAUUACGAAUUUUUAAGAAAAUGCUUUUUUCGUGAGAAGGACUCUUAAACGUUGACAAACGUCAACAAAUAGCGAAAACUAUAAUUUCUAUAUGUUUGCUUUUCUCGAAAUCGCGCGCAUUUACAAGGCCCAAAAGCGUUUUGCUGACUUGCAAGGACCCAUCUGUUAUAACGAUGUCCAAAAUAAAGGGAUGAAUCUCAUAGUUUAUUAGAUAUAAUCGUGUAAAGUUUGCUUAUCAUUUUCGCAUAAAUUAUGACCUAAAUUUGGAAACCGCUGAAUUUCUCGAAUUGGGUCUUUGCGAUUUUGGUGAAACUGUGUUCAGCGCAAGGCACUAAUGCGCACUAUGUGUAGCUGAAAGAUUUUCACGAAAAAAUGCCGGCAACAGCAGAUUUUCGACUCAUACCUCAAAGGGGCGUGGCAUUAUAACCACGUGACAUUUACUCCGAUCGCCAAAAAUUUUAUGUUAUAUUUUAGACUGAUCUAUAUGUUAUCCAUUCUAUGUGUUAGACUUGCGAUAAAAGUAAAGGUGGGGAUACCAGAGAGCUUCAAAGUAGGAUGUCACUCCCCCCCAAAAACUGGGUCGAGUCACGUUAAAGAAACACGAAUUGGAAAAAAAAACUUUUAAAUAAAGGAAAUCGCGACGUACACAGGAAACAGACAAAAUGAGCAACUUUAAGUGUAUAAUCUGUAAUACGAACAAUGCCGUGGCACUUUCCCUAUUAAUAGGGAGUGAAGAGAAAGAAUCUGGCCACUUUGAAUGUUCCUCAUAGUAGUGCGCGCGCGCUUUUGCGGCUUCGCCGCUCAGUAGUGCGUUCGACAAAACCGCCAUGCUACGAAGGCUAUCCUCAUAGUUCCACUGGACUUCCACGGUGACAAAAUAAUGCCCGAAUGUCUAAAGUUUUUUCAAGAAUUUGAGGCCAAAUAUUCACUGAAAAAUCAAACGACUCGAUGGACACUGCCAUUAAACUGGGUAAAACACUGGGGUGAAACAUUAAAUAUAAACUAGGGGUACCUUCCGGCAAGUGCCAACAGGAGUGAAUGUUUUAUUAAAAACACUGAAAUCUUUUGAACAAGAUUCUUGCUUGCGGCCGAGUCGCCGUUGCCGAUCACUGCGCUGCGAAGAUCUUUCUUUGGCAAAAUAAUAUGUUCCAAAACGAAAAGACACGUCUUUUUUUCUUUUAAUGUAGCGAAUAACCAGUCGGCUAUUCAGCAAAAUACAAUUCUUGCAUGUGCAAAGAUGCUGAAGUAGCGCCGUUGUUUUAGCCUUACAUAAUUUUUCCCGUAAUGGAGGUUGGGAGAAAUAAUUUGUUGCCAUGGUUGUGUAGUGGAGGUUUUGUUUAACAAGCCUAAAAGCGCAGCUCUUUUGUUUAAUAAGCACAAUUUAUUUGCUUAUAAAGCAAAAAGGGCGCGCAUAAUAAACAAAUAAGUGUAAUAAACAAAAAAGACAGGCUUUUUUGUUAAUACUAGGGGUACCUUCCGUCAAGUUCCAACGAGGCGAAUUCGUUUAUCUUUUGUGGAAUGUGCCUAUUUAGAUCUUCGCGAUAUUUUGUUUAUAAUUUUAGAGGUUUAAAAUGGAUUCCGCUUUAGAAAAGGAUGGCACCCAACUUCAAAAGAACAACUUUGGCACAUUCUAGGCUUUCACUUUUAUUGAACAAUAACAGCAUGGCUUGAAGCUUUGUUGGUAAAUAUGAGCAACUUAACACUUAUGUUUCAUGGAAAAUUCCAUUGUAUCAAAGCUUUAAACGUUAGAAAGAAAAAUAUAGUUCAAAUGAGGCCUUUGACUGCUGAAAUUAAAAAUAAUAAUUAAAUUCCGAGCAACAACGUCAUCAGGGAUAAGAAAAAUAUUUCGCGUGGUAAUAUACAUAAGACAAAAUAUGGUGUAAGGUAAAAUGUGUGAAAAGCGCGCAAGAAUGGGGCGGAAUGUAUUAGAGGUAUAAAAAUAUAAACUUGAAUAAAACACAAAGAUCUAAUGAGCGAGUGUCACAGGACAAAGAGUCUCUUGAAAGGCAUAAUGAUAGUCUGAAAAACAAAAGGUCCGCAAAUUCGUUGCAUUCCUCACGGGAGUUUUGGGCUGUCUCAAUGUAAAUCGAGCAGCAAAAAAACAUGCUGGUUGACAAAAUCUCUCGAAAGACAUAAAUAAAUUCUAAAAAAAAGGUCCGCAAAUACGUUUCAUCCCUCACGAAAGGUGAGAUCUGCCUCAAUGAAAAUCGACCUGCGAAGAACACGCUGGUUCUGAUAUAUGUUUUGAGAAUAUAACCCUAUGGCUUGAUCAACUACCGCUUAAAAUUCAAUUCACAAAGCAAAAGAGAACACUGAAAACCCUGGCUCUGAGUCGAGAAGCGAAUACGCUACCUCAAUGUAAAUCGAGCUGCAAAGAACAAGCUAGUUCUGACAAAAAUUUGAGCGUAAAACCCAAUUCCUUGAUCAGCAGCUGCUUUAAACACAAUUUAUAAAGCAAACCAGAGCACUAAUUGCUCUUCCAAACUAGAAAUCGUAUUAAAGCUUGCUCACCAGUUAGGUCCUCUUGAACAGACAACGAACAGCUGCACACUGAAUCACCCAAUCUUGAACCACGAGUUGUAAAUACAAGACCAUGACGUCACUACCCAAAUAUGGGGUCUUGCUUACACCCAAAUAUGGUCAAAAAUGCAAAUUUUAGAGGGUUACGCAGAAUUUGAGAGUUUUUGCCUACAUUGCGCGGCGUUAUAAUUCUGGAGCCGAGUCAACCUUGCUUCUUAGCUCGGUUGCCUCGUUGGCAAUAAAGCCUAUUCUACAAACAUUCUGACAGUCCGGAAACAAUCUGACUCCUGUUCAGUCAGUUUCUUUCUCUUUUCUUCCUCAAAUGUCGUUCUUUCGGUCUUAUGCGCAUCCUGUAUGUAAAUAACACUUUGAACACGUUUUUCUGCUUUCGAUAUCAGCAAAAAUACGCCCAUGUUAUUCUUGUCAAUUCCUGUAAAAUUUCUUGGUAAGUAAUUAGCGCAUAUGAAAAGAGUCUUCCCUUGAAAAUUCUAUCUUUGAAAGAAAUGAUUAUAAUUUUGUACGCCUGCUUAUUUUCCUACAGUCUGUAUAUUAUUUUAAAAGCGAAAUGUGGCUUUACAACGCUCAACCUCGCUCGCUCGGCUUACCAGUAAAUCCGCCCCGAAAUUGAGCUUUUUCUACUCAUUUCACGUUUACAAAAGUGAAAGAAAAAAUUAUCUUAGGACAUUCCAAGUAGAACAGCAACACUUUUUUUAUUUCAGCUGAAAUGGAUUAUUCGAAGUCUGAUUUAAUAAAACAAGAACAGCUUAGCGAAAUCAGCCGGAAAUGAAAUGAACAGUGUUGACGAAAUUCCAGCGCACAGGUCAAGUUCCACUUUAGUUUCACUUUAUAUAUAUUAAACAAAAAGUGGAAAUUUGCAUGUUAUACAUAAAUACCCUAUUCUGAAUUACAUGCCACAUCACGCAUCACGCGCAACAGUUAUAGAAUUAUAGAAUGAUUUACUUCAAUAAUUCACGUGUUAAACUCUAAUAGUGGAAGAAAUUCGGUCCCUUAUGGCUAGCCAUUUGACCUUGUCCGAGCCUUGCUGCUCAUCUUUUUUCCCCUUCGCUGACAACUAACAGGAAAGAGUGUUUGAGACUAAUACCUUUUUCCGUACAAACAUUGACAUAUUGAAAUGUUUUUUUUUUUUACAAUAUACAACUGAAUUUAUCAGAUUUUCCUUACCUCUUAGUCUUAAUUAAAAAAAUAGGUUUCAUCAACUCAUAAUCGUGUGGUGAGGGUAAAAGACGGAAUGAGUUUGGGAAAUGGCAUGUGCAUGGCAUGGCUUGUGGACAUAAUUAUGCGGAAUGUAAUAUACGCAGAAUGACCCAAAGAAAUAUAUGAAAGUGAAGAGUGCGCCCUUUUUUGGCGCCAAUCAAUUUGCAAACGGGGCCGCAUUUUUUAAUAUUGCGGGCUCCACAUACGGUGACAAUCAAGAAGCCAAGAAGGACUCCUUGAUUUCUCACAAUCGAUUAGCCUUUUCCGCACACCACAUUUACGCUCAUAAAGUGAACUUCGACCAGUCUAUUUUGCAAAGUUUGCGGAACACUUUAAUUUUGAGGGAAGGAGCACUUCAUUCCAGAACUUGGCUGCAUAACUCUAAAGGACAACUUAAAAAGAGUUGUUUUCUUUAUUGAAACCCAAGAUCGACGAAGUCAGUGAACUGUUUGCUAGUUUUCCUCUUCAACAUCUUGUAUCAAAAUUCAAAUGACAGUUCUGACAGUGCUGAAGUUGAAAUGCUAAACGCUAUAAUUUUUAAUGUUUCGAUCGUCACAUGCCUCUCACUGAAGCUUAAUUAAGUUUCAAGUCCUCCGAGUAGCGCCAUGGCUGAAAAUACUAAAAAAAAAGCCUUCAAUAUUCGACAAUUGCCUGAACUUCAUUCCGUGUAGCUAUACUAAGGCUCGCAAGGUCGAAUAAAAGAAAAGGAUAAGGAAAACUGAGCUUGAUUUCUACCACGAGCUUCUCUCUAAUCCACAACCGCUGAGAGCGGAUCCGAAAUAAGGUGAAUGCGCGCGCAUUUUGCCACAAACGCAAGGCAAGGCGCUUAACUGGGACUAAUUACUGCUAUAGAAAAUAGUAGGAAGUUGAAGAGACUUUACUUUUUGUCGGACGACAGCCAAGGGAAGACUCUUUUCAUAUGCGCUAAUUACUUAUCAAGAAAUUUUACAGGAGUUGACAAGAAUAACAUGGGGGUAUUUUGCUGAUUUAGUGGAAGUUUUGUUUAAUAAGCCUAAAAGCGCAGCUCUUUUGUUUAAUAAGUACAAUUUUUUUGCUUAUAAAGCAAAAAGGGCGCGCGUUUUUGCUUAUUAAGAAAGAAAAACCAUUUUCCUCAGGUUUAAUAAACAAAGCUUGCAUUUUAAACUGGUGUAAUAAACAAAAAAGACAGGCUCUUUUGUUUAAUACUAGGGGUACCUUCCGGCAAGUUCCAACGAGGCGAAUUCGUUUAUCUUUUAUGGAAUGUGCCUAUUUAGAUCUUCGCGAUAUAUUUUUUUAUAAUUUUAGAGGUUUAAAAUGGAUUCCGCUUUAGAAAAGGAUGGCACCCAACUUCAAAAGAACAACUUUGGCACAUUCUAGGCUUUCACUUUUAUUGAACAAUAGCAGCAUGGCUUGAAGCUUUGUUGGUAAAUAUGAGCAACUUAGCACUUAUUUUUCAUGGAAAAUUCCAUUGUAUCAAAGCUAUAAACGUUAGAAAGAAAAAUAUAGUUCAAAUGAGGCCUUUGACUGCUGAAAUUAAAAAUAAUAAUUAAAUUCCGAGCAACAACGUCAUCAGGGAUAAGAAAAAUAUUUCGCGUGGUAAUAUACAUAAGACAAAAUAUGGUGUAAGGUAAAAUGUGUGAAAAGCGCGCAAGAAUGGGGCGGAAUGUAUUAGAGGUAUAAAAACAUAAACUUGAAUAAAACACAAAGAUCUAAUGAGCGAGUGUCACAGGACAAAGAGUCUCUUGAAAGGCAUAAUGAUAGUCUGAAAAACAAAAGGUCCACAAAUUCGUUGCAUUCGUCACGGGAGUUUUGGGCUGUCUCAAUGUAAAUCGAGCAGCAAAAAAACAUGCUGGUUGACAAAAUCUCUCGAAAGACAUAAAUAAAUUCUAAAAAAAAAUGGUCCGCAAAUACGUUGCAUCCGUCACGGAAGGUGGACUGGCUGAAUUUAAAUCGACCUGCGAAGAACACGCUGGUUCUGAUAUAAGUUUUGAGAUUAUAACCCUAUGGCUUGAUCAACUACCGCUUAUAAUUCAAUUCACAAAGCAAAAGAGAACACUGAAAACCCUGGUUCUGAGUCGAGAAGCGAACGCGCUACCUCAAUGUAAAUCGAGCUGCAAAGAAUAAGCUAGUUCUGACCAAAAAUUGAGCGUAAAACCCUAUUCCUUGAUCAGCAGCUGCUUUAAACACAAUUUAUAAAGCAAACGAGAGCACUAAUUGCCUUUCCAAACUAGAAAUCGUAUUAAAGCUUGCUCACCAGUUACAAUCUUGGACAAAACGGUUGAGAAAAUUGCAUACUUGUGGGGCAUUGUUUCUAAACUUCGUAGCCGACCGAUUCUUCCCUUCCCCCCUCCCCCUGGAAGCAGUGUUGUUGGGUCUUUAAAGGAAAGCCGGAUCUCUAAGCAUUUGCAGGAAGCAACUUUGAACUGGGGGAGGGGGUUUUCUUUACGCAAAGCCGUUGAUUUGGAAAUAGUUUUGUUGCGUUAGGUAGUGCGCAUCAAUGGUUGAGCUCACACUAGACACUUUACUAUGGUAAAAAGGGCUUUACUAUGGUAAAUCUCGUAAAUCUCGUUCUCGUAAAUCUCGUUCUUUACUGUAGUAAACCUGACAGGUCCACUUAAAAAGGCAUUUGAAACUUUCCAGGCCUUUUUUCUCGCGUGAUCGGUAACGUGAGAGUGAAAAGUAACAAAUGAUGACGUGCCAUAAGAGCUGACUCAAUAUUGAAGUUACUGAACUGUAACUUCCUGAGCGUGACCCUCACAAGUGCACAAAGAUGGAUCAGUUUGAGAAAGUUAUGUUUUCUGUUGUGAGCAGUUUGCUUUUAAUUCUUCUGCUCAGACGAGCAAGAAGAAUGCGCUCCCUUAUUACCUACCUUCAUUGGUUUCGAAUACGAAGUUAGUGAAGAUGUUUUAGCGACGGGUUCAUUGAUUAUCCAUCGAAGACGCAAUCUUACAGAAAGAGCGGCAUUGCGAAGGCAAGCGUGGGUUUACCCUCGACCCCAGGAAUGGUUUGAAGAAAUGUACAGAAACAGAAACCUUGAAGUACUGUGGAAAAAGCAUUUCAGGGUGACCAGAGAUACAUUUGACUAUAUUUGCCAGCUGCACGCGAAUCCACGCGAAUAAAGACAAUUACCGAUGUUCUAAAGCUAUUUUGUUUAUAUGUGAGCCUUUUUGAUACUACUUUCCUCAAAAAUCAUGACAAACUGUCAACAAAACAAACAAAGUUUAGAUAAAGUAGAGAUAUACCCACCUAUUUUUUUUGGUAACCAGAUGGUUAUCGGUGAUGGGUCAUCUUUGUUCUUUCCGCUGUAGCAUGGAAAUUAACCAGAGUAAAGUUUACCAUAGUAAACCGAAAAAUGCCGGUCACACUUACGGUGCCUUUUACUAUGGUAAACUUGAGUUUACUACAGUAAACUUUCCCUAGUGUGACCUCAACCAAUGAAAACAUUUUCUCAAGUAGUUUUGUCCAGGAUUGUAUUUAACUGGGAAAGUCGAUUUUGAGUAUUUAACGCGUGCACAUAAAUCUGUUCUUUCUGUAUUUCAUACAUUUCACAGAAACGUAGAUAAUUAAUGGAAAAUAAGUGACAACAGAGGAGUUGAUGACGAGAAAAUCAACUUGUAUGUCUUUCUUGAUUCAAGUAGCCAGUCAUAAACGUUUGUGAAUGUCAUUUUCCAUGCAGGGUUUUUACGCGCCCUUUGAGUGCAGAGGAGCAGGCAUACAUUACGUUUAUGGCGGACGAGAAGGACGUCUCCGUCAAGGCGAUUAGCCAGAAAACGGGAAUUUCACCUGCUACAAUUCGACCAACAAAUAACACAUGAAACUUUUUGCUGAAUUUUCAGAGCGCGUGACCCAUACUUUGAACAAUUUUCCCAUCGCCGACAUAGAUAAAACAAUCAAAGUCAAUGAACAAGCGCUUGCCAUUAAUAACAGCAUCAAAUGGAGAGAGGAUUAAGUAUCAACAAAACUUGUAUUUUUACUUUCCAAAUUUGAAAGCUUACUUUUGACAUUGUAGCGAUGUCCAGUGCGAAAAAUCACACUAUGAAAUCUAGAAAUGUCACGCGCGGUAACGUGACAAGAUGUACUAUCGUGUGACCUGUGAGCUUAAGACUGCAUGUUUUGCCCUCGGGCUAUUUAUAGCUACAUAUGACUGGAAGAACUUAUGAGAUCAAUUCAUCAUUUGUAGAGCAAGAUAUAGUAAAAAUUGCCACAGUUGUUCUGUAAUCUCUUUCUCUCCUCAAUAUCUAAGUUUCGGAACGAUUAACAGGACAUUUUUAAGGUGCUACCAAGAUUAGCAACGGUUAACAACGAUUAACAAGGACGUUUCAUAAGAAUCAGAAGGUCAUUUACUUUUAAAAACGAAAUGGUGUUAACCGUUUCAAUGUUUUGUUAAUCGUAACAUUAUUCUAUCCAUGGAAUUAUAAAAAGUUAACCGACUUGUAGCAAACGAGGUUUCUGUAACCCUCAUAGUUUAGCCAAUUUUAAGAUCUGAGAAGCAUUUUCCACCUGACGCGAUACGUUUCCUUAUUGGCUUCACUAUACGUCACUAAACAAACACUACGAACUUCUUUUCUUCUAAGAAAACCGUCAUCCAAGUCUUGUUCUGACUCUUCUGAAAACUAUAAAUCACUUUCCACACUUUCCAUGCCUGCCAGGUUUGAACAACACGAAAACAUGUAACAAUGAGCACGCGUUCUACGGCUACUGCAAAAUCGCACUGUUUUAAGAGGGUGCAGCAAAAAACGUAUAUGAGGUCGUACUUUUCUAUGAGAAGAUGGUGUGUCGUGAAACUUUGUGCUCAAAACAGCUUCUGUAAAGUGCUUUUUAUUGGUAGGUUUCCGUUUUGUCCAUGUUAAUAUUCUCGCUAAAAAACGUGAAUCACCUUAUAUACAAUCUUGGACAAAACGGUUGAGAAAAUUGCAUACUUGGGGGGCAUUUUUUCUAAACUUCGUAGCCGACCGAUUCUUCCCUUCCCCCCUCCCCCUGGGAGCAGUGUUGUUGGGUCUUUAAAGGAAAGCCGGAUCUCUAAGCAUUUGCAGGAAGCAACUUUGAACUGGGGGAGGGGGUUUUCUUUACGCAAAGCCGUUGAUUUGAAAAUAGUUUUGUUGCGUUAGGUAGUGCGCAUCAAUGAAAACAUUUUCUCAAGUAGUUUUGUCCAGGAUUGUAGGUCCUCUUGAACAGACAACGACCAGCUGCUCGCUGAAUCACCCAAUCGUGAAUUACGAGUUGUAAAUACAAGACCAUGACGUCACUACCCAAAUAUGGGGUCUUACUUACACCCAAAUAUGGUCAAAAAUGCAAAUUUUAGAGGGUUACGCAGAAUUUGAGAGUUUUUGCCUACAUUGCGCGGCGUUAUAAUUCUGCCGCCGAGUCAACCUCGCUUCUUAGCUCGGUUGCCUCGUUGGCAGUAACCGCUCAAAACAACUUGAAGAAGAUUGAAACGGAUUGCAUUUGUGGUUUUUGAAAGCUUGUUGGCCUAAGAGCUUUUCAAAGUUCACUUUUGUUGUAUAUAACGUUUGAUAUAAUGCUUUGGAGGCUUAUUUGUUUGACACAACUCUGUUAUGUUCUCAUUCGCAUUUAUUAAUUUCUCAAGUUCCAUAGCGAAUGAGGACGCGUAAUUAACAUUAUUAAGAUUAUAAACAAUAUGAACUAGACAACCGUGACACAAGUCAACGCUCCAUUUAAUUAGUGGUGCGCAAAUUAACCAGGGGCACCCAACGACUGUUUUCUGUAAAAUAUCUGUUCGCAGAAGCAAAAAUUGCCUAGAAUUUUCUAUAACUUGAGGAAGGCUAAAAAUGUCUAGAUGACUGUUCCAUUCAUGUACAAUUUUCGAAGCUUAAUAAAUCCCCCUACUUACUGAAGUUUAAUUUUUCGCAUUUGCACUCCCCAGCCGGGUUAAGCUAUUUCUCGUAGAAAAAGAAAACCUAAAAUUUUUCAAUUUAAAAAAAAUGUGAGGGAGAAAGGAAUAAAAAAAAUAUUCUUACUCUUGUAAAUCUUUAGACUACAUCUAAAAUUUUCGGGAAAAUCAUACUGAUGCCCUCGCAAUUUCGAAAAGUUCUAGCCGUAGGAUGACCAAACAGAUACAAAGUUUCAUAGCGCCGCUUAAAAUUCAUUUCUAGAGAUCUAAAAGUUUUCUGCAUGGCCUAAAAAGUGUAUCCAUUGCAUUUAAAAGGGAACCGUCGUUGAGGGCCUCUUAUUAGCGUUUAAAAAUUACAAAAAUUAUCGCGACUUAAAACGUUACUUUGAUGAAGCUGUAAUAAGGUUGUGGUAACAGAAUCGAUUAAGGCUUGUAUGAAAGUGACGUAGAACGAGGACGUCGUCUCCUGAAAGUGACCGUUCACGGGAAUUUUCGCCGUUUGCGACCGCUUGUCGUAUAAAAAUUAUACCUCUCGUUAGUGUCCGCAGCUUUUUACGCCGGGAAUUAUAGGGGUUUGUCAAGGAGACGGUAAGUAGAGCUGUUCGCUUAUGAGUGUUCCUUGAAAGGGUUUUGAUUGAGUUGUUGUCUGCUGUCACAUGGAAGCACGAAUGAUUUUCACUCCUUGCGACACGCAUGUUCUUUUCAUUCAUAAUAGAUUUCCGGCAUUAAAUAAUUAUCAGUGAAUUAUAUCAUCAGUUUAGUUGUAGAAUCGAAGUUUCCGCAUUGUUCCCUGUGUCGCCGUAAAGGGUUAGGUAUAUUAUGAGAACCUACACCAACCAUGCACUUCCAGUAGUAUGUUAAAUGAACUGUUUCAAUCCGCAGAAUGUUUUCCUUUGGACAUUAUUUGUUCGGUGAAGAAGACUCUCCACACAGAUCUGAGAGUCUAAAGUGACUGUUUGUCAUGAAUUAAACUUUAAGAAAUCAUUUCUUUAGAUUAGUAAUCGUGGAACUGAACCUUUCGAUAGUCGAUACAACCGCUUUUUGCCUCGAUAUGUCAGACAACGGAAGUCUUAACGUACGCCACUGGAAUAAAACUUGCAUGAAAAGCCAGAUUGAGUGAGUUACGAUGUGUAUAUGCAUCAGUUGACUUUCCACUCUUUUAGAACAUUUUUUUUAUUUGCUUUUCCAUACUUUGAUCCCUCACUACAUAUUCUCAGUGAUGGUUGUGUUCGAUCUAAUCCGGUCGUGUUUAUGAGCCAGGGGCACCCAACGAAGAUUUCCUCCUAAAUACGUUGAAAACACUUUUUAGGCUAUCCAAAGUAGUUUUAGACCUCUAGAAAUACAUUCUUUAAGCGGUGCUAUGAAACUUGUAUCUGUUCGGUCAUCCUAGGGGACUUUGAGUCUUUUCAAAAUUUCAAGGGCUUCAGUAUUAUAUUCCCGAAAUUUUUAGAUGCGAUUUAUCGCUUUACGAAUGUGAGAAUUUUUCUUAUUCAUAUUUCAAUCACAUUAUUGAAUCCGAAAAUUUUAGGUUUUCUUUUUCUACGAAAAACAGCAUUACUCGGGGAGUGAAAUGCGAAAAAUUAAGCUUCAGAAAGUAUAUUAACAUAGAUUUUUUGCAUGCAUAUAUAAAUAAUAUUUUUAUCUAGUGUCCGUUUAUUAACUAUUUAGAAAAGCUGUAAUUUUUCAUCCAUUUCAUUGUAGUAUUAUAAGCAUUGUAAUGUAAAGCGCAUUAGAUUAUAUACCCAUGUAUUUUGCGCGGUAUAAAUAAUAAAGUUAUGUUAAUAAUAUGUUAUGUUAUGUUAGAAAGUCGUAGGAAAUUUAAUAGAUAAGUUUCGAAAAUUGUAUAUGGAGGGAACCGUCAUCCCGAAAUUUACGUCCGUGCCUCAAGUAAUAGAAAAUUUUUACGCAAUUUUUGCUUCUCCGAACAGAUAUUUUACAGAAAACAGUCGUUGGGUACCCCUGAUGAGACUGUCUCUUCAAAUUAACUUAUACGAUGGUAACAGAUAAUUUAGAAUCAACUGUGGUUGUCUUGUCUUUUCUUCCCCCCUUAAAUUUAGAAAUGCCUCAGGUGCAAAACUGAACAGUUCAUCCAUAACUGUUUAUACUUGUUUUCCAAGUGAUUUUUUAUCAGUUAUAUUGAUUAUUCGCUUGUUGUUUGGAAGAGGUAGUGAAUAAGUCUUCCCACUCGAGCCCUCUUGAACUGGACGAUAUUUAAGUUGAAAGAACAGUAAAACCGCAUUAAAGAUUAUCUUAAGAACUUGUUUGGAGCGAAUGUUGAAACUUUUACUGAUUUUACUUAACAAGGAAAACAUUAAAAAAGGACCUGAUCACAAGCUAAACCGGCGCAUUCUUACCAGUUUGAUUUCUAAAACACUACUUACAGCUCGUAGACUUGACAGUGUCAAUAUUUUGCAACGCAGUUUCAGUUACGGCAACCCAAGCUCACGUUAAGAAAGAUUUUACACCAUGACGUUUACAAAUUCAAAAUUAAUAGAGAGUUCGAAAUUAUAAUUGUUUGCCUUUAAUAUCUGUCUGUUGUAUUUGUCUUCACUUGUGAGCUCUUAUUAUCUUGAGAUUAUACACGUAAUAAAGGCUUGUGGGCUUGUGUGGGGCUCGCGAUAUCGGGCGCAUUAAUAAAUAGAAACAGGAAGAAUUAUUUUGAGUUUACACCUGACUCAAAAUUCCACUACUGGCUGGAAAAUCGUCUGAAAAUCGUUGUUAACAAGAUUAUUUAGCACCAUUACAUAAUUAUAACUAUGCCAGUGUCUUCCCCAAAUACUCGCCAAUAAAGUGCGUUGAAAUCUUACAGGGGCACCCAACAACGGUUUCCUCGUAAAUACAUUGAAAACACUUUUUAGGCUGUCCCGCGUACUUUUAGAUCCAUAGAAAUGUAUGCUAAGUGGCGUUAUAAAAUUUGUAUCUGUUCGGUCAUCCAAGGGGAACUUGAAUCUUUUCGAAAUAACAAGGGUUUUAGUUUUAUUAUCCCGAAAAUAUCAGAUGCAAUUUAACGUAUUACGAAAGUGAGAAUUUUUUCUGAUUUGUUUCUUCAUCAUUCUUGAAUCCGAAAAUUUUAGGUUUCCUUUUUUCUGCGAAAAAUAGCCUAACCUCGGGAGUGAAAUGUGAAAAAAUAAACUUAGAGAAAAUAGUAGGGCAUUUAUUAGAUUCGCUUCGAAAAUUGUACAUGAAUAGAACGGUCAUUUUUAGUAUGAGAAAAUAGAAGGGAUUCCUGUCACGAGUUGGUUUAAUUAUUGGCUUGCAUUAAACCUAUGAAAAAAUGAUAUUUUUUAAUAGUAAGUAGAUUUAGUGUGUAGCACUUCUUGAUUUUUUUUUUUUGCAAAGGCACAAGAAGCACAAGAAUUGAUUAAAAAUUGUGAGUUAAACCUCUUUGUAUCACGCGAUGGCCUGUCUCACUGUACCAAAAUUAUCACAUCUCGGUGAGCAUUCGGAAGUCAGCCAAGCGCGGUCAUUACACGCGUGCUGAACAAGAAUGCUGUAUAAUGACAGACUAGAAACAAUAGACAACUCCCAAAGCACAAACUCAGCCAAAACGCUAAAAAUCUUCAUUGUUUACUCAAGUUUGGGCUUAUAGAAGAUAAUGUCACAGUUUUUCAAUGACCAUGAAAUUCAGAGUCCGGGUAGUUAGUUAAUCAAUUGUGGCCCUGAAAAAAUUUGAAGGAAAAAAAACUACGAAUUUUUAAGGAAAUGCUUUUUUCGUGAGAAGGACUCUUAAACGCCGACAAACGUCAACAAAUAGCGAAAACUAUAAUUUCUAUAUGUUUGCUUUGCUCGAAAUCGCGCGCAUUUACAAGGCCUUAAAGCGUUUUGCUGACUUGCAAGGACCCAUCUGUUAUAACGAUGACCAAAAUAGAGAGACAAAUCUCAUAGUUUAUUAGAUAUAAUCCGUGUAAAGUUUGCUUAUCAUUUUCGCAUAAAUUAUGACCUAAAUUUGGAAACCGCUGAAUUUCUCGAAUUGGGUCUUUGCGAUUUUGGUGAAACUGUGUUCAGCGCAAGGCACUAAUGCGCACUAUGUGUAGCCGAGAGAUUUUCACGAAAAAAUGCCGGCAACAGCUGCAGAUUUUCGACUCGUACCUCAAUGGGACGUGGCAUUAUAACCACGUGACAUUUACUCCGAUCGCCAAAAAUUUUAUGUUAUAUUGUAGAUUGAUCUAUAUGUUAUCCAUUCUAUGUGUUAGACUUACGAUAAAAGGAAAGGUGGGGAUACCAGAGAGCUUCAUAGUAGGAUGUCACUCCCCCCAAAAAACUGCGUCGAGUCACCUUAAAGAAACACGAAUUGGAAAAAAACUCUUAAAUAAAGGAAAUCGCGACGUACACAGGAAACAGACAAAAUGAGCAACUUUAAGUGUAUAAUCUGUAAUACAAACAAUGCCCGUGGCACUUUCCCUAUUAAUAGGGAGUGAAGUGAAAGAAUCUGGCCACUGCGAAUGUUCCUCGUAGUAGUGCGCGCGCGCUUUUGCGGCUUCGCCGCUCAGUAGUGCGUUCGACAAAAUCGCCAUGCUACGAAGGUUAUCCUCAUAGUUUCACUGGACUUCCACGGUGAUAAAAUAAUGCCCAAAUGUCUAAAGUUUUUUCAAAAAUUUGAGGCCAAAUAUUCACUGAAAACUCAAACGACUCGAUGAACACUGCCAUUAAACUGGGUAAAACACCGGGAUGAAUCAUUAAAUAUAAACUAGGGGUACGUUCCGGCAAGUGCCAACGAGGCUAAUUCGUUUAUCUUUUGUGGAAUGGGCCUAUUUAGAUCUUCGCGAUAUUUUUUUUAUAAUUUUAGAGGUUUAAAAUGGAUUCCGCUAUAGAAAAGGAUGGCACCCAACUUCAAAAGAACAACUUUGGCACAUUCUAGGCUUUAAGCUUUGUUGGUAAAUAUGAACAACUUAGCACUUAUGUUUCAUGGAAAAUUCCAUUUUAUCAAAGCUAUAAACGUCAGAAAGAAAAAUAUAGUUCAAAUGAGACCUUUGACUGCUGAAAUUAAAAAUAAUAAUUAAAUUCCGAGCAACAGCGUCAUCAGGGAUAAGAAAAAUAUUUCGCGGGGUAAUAUACAUAAGACAAAAUAUGGUGUAAAGUAAAAUGUGUGAAAAGCGCGCAAGAAUAGGGCGGCAUGUAUUAGAGGUAUAAAAAUAUAAACUUGAAUAAAACACAAAGAUCUAAUGGGCGAGUGUCACAGGACAAAGAGUCUCUUGAAAGGCAUAAUGAUAGUCUGAAAAACAAAAGGUCUGCAAAUUCGUUGCAUUCCUCACGGGAGUUUUGGGCUGUCUCAAUGUAAAUCGAGCAGCAAAAAAACAUGCUGGUUGACAAAAUCUCUCGUAAGACAUAAAUAAAUUCUAAAAAGAAAAGGUCCGCAAAUACGUUGCAUCCUUCACGGAAGGUGAGGACUGGCUCAAUGUAAAUCGACCUGCGAAGAACACGCUGGUUCUGAUAUAAGUUUUGAGAAUAUAACCCUAUGGCUUGAUCAACUACCGCUUAAAAUUCAAUUCACAAAGUAAAAGAGAACACUGAAAACCCUGGCUCUGAGUCGAGAAGCGAACACGCUACCUCAAUGUAAAUCGAGCUGCAAAGAACAAGCUAGUUCUGACAAAAAUUUGAGCGUAAAACCCUAUUCCUUGAUCAGCAGCUGCUUUAAACACAAUUUAUAAAGCAAACCAGAGCACUAAUUGCCCUUCCAAACUAGAAAUCGUAUUAAAGCUUGCUCACCAGUUAGGUCCUCUUGAACAGACAACGAACAGCUGCACACUGAAUCACCCAAUCUCGAACCACGAGUUGUAAAUACAAGACCAUGACGUCACUACCCAAAUAUGGGGUCUUGCUUACACCCAAAUAUGGUCAAAAAUGCAAAUUUUAGAGGGUUACGCAGAAUUUGAGAGUUUUUGCCUACAUUGCGCGGCGUUAUAAUUCUGCCGCCGAGUGAACCUCGCUUCUUAGCUCGAUUGCCUCGUUGGUAAUAAAGCCUGUUCUACAAACAUUCUGAUAGUCCGGAAACAAUCUGACUCGUGUUCAGUCAGUUUCUUUCCCUUUUCUUCCUCAAAUGUCGUUCUUUCGGUCUUAUGCGCAUCCUGUAUGUAAAUAACACUUUGAACACGCUUUUUUAUUUUCGAUAUCAGCAAAAAUACGCGCAUGUUAUUCUUGUCAACUCCUGUAAAAUUUCUUGAUAAGUAAUUAGCGCAUAUGAAAAUUGUCUUCCCUUGAAUAUUCUAUCUUUGAAAGAAAUGAUUAUAAUUUUGUACGCCUGCUUAUUUUCCUACAGUCUGUAUAUUAUUUUAAAAGCGAAAUGUGGCUUUACAGCUCGGCUUAGCAGUAAAUCCGCCCCGAAAUUGAGCUUUUUCUACUCAUUUCACGUUUACAAAAGUGAAAGAAAAAAUUAUCUUAGUACAUUCCAAGUAGAACAGCAACACUUUUUUUAUUUCAGCUGAAAUGGAUUAUUCGAAGUCUGAUUUAAUAAAACAAGAACUGAAUACGCAAACUUUUCAACCGAAAGCUUAGCGAAAUCAGCCGGAAAUGAAAUGAACAGUGUUGACGAAAUUCCAGCGCACAGGUCAAGUUCCACUUUAGUUUCACUAUAUACAUAUUAAACAAAAAGUGGAAAUUUGCAUGUUAUACGUAAAUACCCUAUUCUGAAUAACAUGCCACAUCACGCAUCACGCGCAACAGUUAUAGAAUUAUAGAAUGAUUUACUUCAAUAAUUCACGUGUUAAAUUCUAAUAGUGGAAGAAAUUCGGUCCCUUAUGGCCAGCCAUCUGACCUUGUGCGAGCCUUGCUGCUCAUCUUUAUCCCCCUUCGCUGAAAAUUAACAGGAAAGAGUGUUUGAGACUAAUACCUUUUUCCGUACAAACAUUGACAUAUUCAAAUGUUUUUUUUUUUACAAUAUACAACUGAAUUUAUCAGAUUUUCCGUACCUCUUAGUCUUAACUAAAAAAUAGGUUUCAUCAACUCAUAAUCGUGUGGUGAGGGUAAAAGACGGAAUGAGUGUGGGGAAUGGCAUGUGCAUGGCAUGGCUUGUGGACGUAAUUAUGCGGAAUGUAAUAUACGCAGAAUGACCCAAAGAAAUAUAUGAAAGUUAAGAGCGCGCCCUUUUUUGGCGCCAGUCAAUUUGGAAACGGGGCCGCUUUUUUAAUAUUGCGGGCUCCACAUACGAUGACAAUCAAGAAGCCAAGAAGGACUCCUUGAUUUCUUACAGUCGAUUAGCCUUUUCCGCACACCCCAUUUACGCUCUUAAAGUGAACUUCGACCAGUCUAUUUUGCAAAGUUUGCGGAACACUUUAAUUUUGAGGGAAGGAGCACUUCAAUCCAGAACUUGGCUGCAUAACUCUAACGGACAACUUAAAAAGAGUUGUUUUCUUUAUUGAAACCCAAGAUCGACGAAGUCAGUGAACUGUUUGCUAGUUUUCCUCUUCAACAUCUUGUAUCAAAAACUCAAAUGACAGUUCUGACAGUGCUGAAGUUGAAAUGCUGAACGCUAUAAUUUUUAAUGUUUCGAUCGUCACAUGCCUCUCACUGAAGCUAAAUUAAGUUUCAAGUCCUCUGAGUAGCGCCAUGGCUGAAAAUACUAAAAAACAAAGCCUUCAAUAUUCGACAAUUGCCUGAACUGCAUUCCGUCUAGCUAUUCUAAGGCUCGCAGGGUCGAAUAAAAUAAAAGGAUAAAGAAAACUGAGCGUGAUUUCUAUUACGAGGUUCUCUCUAAUCCACAACCGCUGAGAGCGGAUCCGAAAUAAGGUGAAUGCGCGCGCAUUUUGCCACAAACGCAAGGCAAGGCGCGUAACUGGGACUAAUUUCUGCUAUAGAAAAUUGUAGGAAGUUGAAGAGACUUUAUUUUUUGUGGGACGACAGCCAAGGGAAGACUCUUUUCAUAUGCGCUAAUUACUUAUCAAGAAAUUUUACAGGAGUUGACAAGAACAACAUGGGCGUAUUUUGCUGAUAUCGAAAGUAGAACAACGUGUUCAAAGUGUUAUUUACAUACAGGAUGCGCAUAAGACCGAAAGAACGACAUUUGAGGAAGAAAAGAGAAAGAAACUGACUGAACAGGAGUGAAUGUUUUAUUAAAAACACUGAAAUCUUUUGAACAAGAUUCCUGCUCGCGGCCGAGUCGCCGUCGCCGAUCUGUGCGCUGCGAAGAUCUUUCUUUGGCAAAACAAUAUGUUCCAAAACGAAAAGACACGUCUUUUUUUCUUUUAAUGUAGAGAUUAACCAGUCGGCUAUUCAGCAAAAUACAAUUGUUGCAUGUGCAAAGAUGCUGAAGUAGCGCCGUUGUUUUAGCCUUACAUAAUUUUUCCGGUAAUGGAGGUUGGGAGAAAUAAUUUGUUGCCAUGGUUGUGUAAUGGCAGUUUUGUUUAAUAAGCCUAAAAGCGCAGCUCUUUUGUUUAAUAAGCACAAUUUAUUUGCUUAUAAAGCAAAAAGGGCGCGCGUUACAUUUUAAACUGGUGUAAUAAACAAAAAAGACAGGCUUUUUUGUUUAAUACUAGGGGUACCUUCCGGCAAGCUCCAACGAGGCGAAUUCGUUUAUCUUUUGUGGAAUGUGCCUAUUUAGAUCUUCGCGAUAUUUUUGUUAUAAUUUUAGAGGUUUAAAAUGGAUUCCGCUAUAGAAAAGGAUGGCACCCAACUUCAAAAGAACAACUUUAGCACAUUCUAGGCUUUCACUUUUAUUGAACAAUAACAGCAUGGCUUGAAGCUUUGUUGGUAAAUAUGAGCAACUUAGCACUUAUGUUUCAUGGAAAAUUCCAUUGUAUCAAAGCUAUAAAGGUUAGAAAGAAAAAUAUAGUUCAAAUGAGGCCUUUGACUGCUGAAAUUAAAAAUAAUAAUUAAAUUCCGAGCAACAGCGUCAUCAGGGAUAAGAAAAAUAUUUCGCGGGGUAAUAUACAUAAGACAAAAUAUGGUGUAAAGUAAAAUGUGUGAAAAGCGCGCAAGAAUAGGGCAGAAUGUAUUAGAGGUAUAAAAAUAUAAACUUGAAUAAAACACAAAGAUCUAAUGGGCGAGUGUCACAGGACAAAGAGUCUCUUGAAAGGCAUAAUGAUAGUCUGAAAAACAAAAGGUCCGCAAAUUCGUUGCAUUCCUCACGGGAGUUUUGGGCUGUCUCAAUGUAAAUCGAACAGCAAAAAAACAUGCUGGUUGACAAAAUCUCUCGAAAGACAUAAAUAAAUUGUGACAAAAAAGGUCCGCAAAUACGUUGCAUCCCUCACGGAAGGUGAGGACUGGCUCAAUGUAAAUCGACCUGCGAAGAACACGCUGGUUCUGAUAUAAGUUUUGAGAAUAUAACCCUAUGGCUUGAUCAACUACCGCUUAAAAUUCAAUUCACAAAGCAAAAGAGAACACUGAAAACCCUUGUUCUGAGUCGAGAAACGAACACGCUACCUCAAUGUAAAUCGAGCUGCAAAGAACAAGCUAGUUCUGACAAAAAUUUGAGCGAAAAACCGUAUUCCUGGAUCAGCUGCUGCUUUAAACACAAUUUAUAAAGCAAACCAGAGCACUAAUUGCCCUUCCAAACUAGAAAUCGUACUAGUCAUAGUUGUCACUAAAUCUGCCCCCGAACUUUUAAAACCCGAAUGAAGACUCCUUGUGGUUGUCCAUGUAUUUGCCAUCAACCUUUGAAAUGCAGUUUUCGUAUUAGAGUUUCUGAGUGUAGUUCUUUUGUUUUUUCUCAAUUAGUACACUUUGUUUCCUGGGUUAAUGAAAAUCCUAAUACAUGUCAUGCUUAGGAUGGAAAAUUGUUUUUUAUACAUCCCAUAAUGAGUUCAACCAACACUGCAAAUGUAAUAGAACGCGUGUUAAACAACAAAACCAUCUUUAAUUAUUUAUUUGUAACUAAUAAUGUAAAUGUCCUCUAACUAAUGUGUCGAACGAGUGCUUUAGCUUCGAGUGUGACAUUCUUGAACGCAACUGAUAUGGUCUGAUAUAAAUGAUUUCGCAAUAAACUAACCCUGGUGUUGCGGAAUCUUCCACUGCGUUUGGAAUAUCUCCGCGUCCGCUGGUUCAAUAAACAAUCAGGACUGUAUCUUUCUCUUUCUUCGCUUUAUUGCGUUCGUUCAUUCGUACAUCACAAUCGUUCUAAACAUUCUACUCAAAAUUACAAUGCUUACUAGUUUUAUGAUUACCACAAGUAAACGCCUUGACUACGUAUGUCCGGCCGCAAACCGAACUUGGCAAAGGCUCACUAUUAUUUCUUGCGAUCUAACACAUGAGCGUGAUACCUAUUUCCUCAACAUAUCCCACAUUAUGUACCUUAAUUAUUAUUUACCGCGCAUAAACCGAUUACAAUCAAAACCACUAAGGUUGAUAAAAACAAACCGAGUCAAUUCUAUUAUUCGUCAUAGGAUGUGGUUACACGCCUAAGAUAAUUUUCUACUUGCAAAGCAAAAUAAACUGUUCAACAAUUACGAAAAAUAAUAUUAAUAACUUGUUAUAACACCUGGUAACGGCACUCAAGUUAAGCGCUGUCGGUCGGGGUUACGAAGUGGAUGGGUGACAAACCGCGAAUAUCGUCUUAAAGGUCCAUACGUUGUUCUUUCUUUUCUUCUUUUGCGUAUUAUGUGGUGUUAUUGUUAACAGUGUAUUGAAAAGCAGAUUAAGCAUUAUUUCGGUGUCCGGAUUUAGAAAAAGACAAAAACAAAGAACAAAUAUGGCCCGGUGUAGUUCGCCUGAAAGUUAUUAUUCUUCGGGCCGUAAUACAGAGCUGAAACAUUGCAGACUUUGAUCUAUAUAUCUGCGGGGAAACCGGCAAACUAAGAAAUCUGGGUUUUCGACAGUGUAAAACGAUCAUAAUUCCUCUGAUUCCAAUCUCCUGUUCCUCUGUCUCUUGCUGUCGGCGUUGCCUUCGCUGUGCUAAUCGAUGUUCCUUCUACUCCGCGGUUUCUUGUUGACGUCUUCUCCUUCGUUGCUCACGCUGAAUUUGAAGUCGGCGUUCUCGCUCCAGAGGAGUUUCGAUGGAAAAUCUUCCUGGGCGAGAAUUUGGAGCCACUUGUUGUGCUUGUGUGUGACACAAUUCUUCGAAUGCGACUCGUUGACAAACCCAGUUUGCGCGGUUGCUGAGCCAGGCGCACAUGCUGAAAAUUAACCGGGACCACCGUGCGCGCCUAGUUUCAUCAAAUCGAGAAAAUUUCGCAUACUAACACUACGACGAUACGAUACUUUUACUUUACGCGGGGGACAUUAGGGUGCCUCCUCGGGUUCCGGCCUCUGGGCAGGAACCCUGCGGGGGCAAUUAAAGCUUGCUCACCAGUUAGGUCCUCUUGAACAGACAACAAACAGCUGCACACUGAAUCACCCAAUCUUGAACCACGAGUUGUAAAUACAAGACCAUGACGUCACUACCCAAAUAUGGGGUCUUGCUUACACCCAAAUAUGGUCAAAAAUGCAAAUUUUAGAGGGUUACGCAGAAUUUGUGAGUUUUUGCCUACAUUGCGCGGCGUUAUAAUUCUGCCGCCGAGUGAACCUCGCUUUUUAGCUCGGUUGCCUCGUUGGCAGAAACCGCUCAAGACGACUUGAAGAAGAUUGAAACGGAUUGCAUUUGUGGUUUUUGAAAGCUUGUUGGCCUAAGAGCUUUUCAAAGUUCAUUUUUGUUGUUUAUAACGUUUGAUAUAAUGCUUUGGAGGCUUAUUUGUUUGACACAACUCUGUUAUGUUCUCUUUCGCAUUUAUUAAUUUCUCAAGGUCCAUAGCGAAUGAGGACGCGUAAUUAACAUUAUUAAGAUUAUAAACAAAAUGAACUAGACAACCGUGACACAAGUCAACGCUCCAUUUAAUUAGUGGCGCGCAAAUUAACCAGGGGCACCCAACGACUGUUUUCUGUAAAAUAUCUGUUCGCAGAAGCAAAAAUUGCCUAGAAUUUUCUUUAACUUGAGGAAGGCUAAAAAUGUCUAGAUGACUGUUCCAUUCAUGUACAAUUUUCGAAGCUUAAUAAAUUCCCUACUUACUGAAGUUUAAUUUUUCGCAUUUGCACUCCCCAGGUUAAGCUAUUUCUCGUAGAAAAAGGAAACCUAAAAUUUUUCGGAUUAAAAAAAUGUGAGGGAGAAAGGAAUAAAAAAUAUUUUCUUACUCUUGUAAAUCUUUAGACUACAUCUAAAAUUUUCGGGAAAAUAAUACUGAUGCCCUCGCAAUUUCGAAAAGACUCAAGUUCUAGCCGUAGGAUGACCAAACAGAUGCAAAGUUUCAUAGCGCCGCUUAAAAUUCAUUUCUAGAGAUCUAAAAGUUUUCUGGAUGGCCUAAAAAGUGUAUCCAUUGCAUUUAAAAGGGAACCGUUGUUGAAUGCCUCUGAUUAGCGUUUAAAAAUUACAAAAUUUAUCGCGACUAAAAACGUUAAUUAACUGUAAUAAAGUUGUGGUAACAGAAUCGAUUAAGGCUUGUAUGAAAGUGACGGUAGUACGAGGACGUCGUCGGAAAGCUGAAAAAGUGGCUGUAACGCAUCACUGAAAGUGACCGUUCACGGGAAUUUUCGCCGUUUGCGACCGCUUGUCGUAUAAAAAUUAUACCUCUCGUCAGUGUCCGCAGCUUUUUACGCUGGGAAUUAUAGGGGUUUGUCAAGGAGACGGUAAGUAGAGCUGUUCGCUUAUGAGUGUUUCUUGAAAGAGCUUUGAUUGAGUUGUUGUCUGCUGUCACAUGGAAGGACGAAUGAUUUUCACCCCUUGCGACUCGCAUGUUCUUUUCAUUCAUAAUAGAUUCCCGGCAUUAAAUAAUUAUCCGUGAAUUAUAUCAUCAGUUUAGUUGUAGAAUCGAAGUUUCCACAUUGUUCCCUGGGUCGCCGUAAAGGGUUAGGUAUAUUAUGAGAACCUACACCAACCAUGCAGUUCAAGUAGUAUAUUAAAUGAACUGUUUCAAUCCGCAGAAUGUUUUCCUUUGGACAUUAUUUGUUCGGUGAAGAAGAAUCUCCACACAGAUCUGAGAGUCUAAAGUGACUGUUUGUCAUGAAUUAAACUUUAAGAAAUAGUAGUGGAACUGGACCUUUCGAUAGUCGAUACAACCGCUUUUUGCCUCGAUUUGUCAGACAGCGGAAGUCUUAACGUACGCCACUGGAAUAAAACUUGAAAAGCCAGAUUGAGUGAGUUCCGAUGUGUAUAUGCAUCAGUUGACUUUCCACUCUUUUAGAACAUUUAUUUUAUUUGCUUUUCCAUACUUUGAUCCCUCACUACAUAUUCUCAGUGAUGGUUGUGUUCGUUCUACUCCGGUCGUGUUUAUGAGCCAGGGGCACCCAACGAAAAUUUCGUCCUAAAUGGGUUGAACACGCUUUUUAGGCUAUCCAAAGUAGUUUUAGACCUCUAGAAAUGCAUUCUAUAAGCGGUGCUAUGAAACUUGUAUCUGUUCGGUCAUCCCAGGGGACUUUGAGUCUUUUCGAAAUUUCAAGGGCUUCAGUAUUAUAUUCCCGAAAUUUUUAGAUGCGAUUUAUCGCUUUACGAAUGUGAGAAUUUUUCUGAUUCCUAUUUCAAUCACAUUAUUGAAUCCGAAAAUUUUAGGUUUUCUCUUUCUACGAAAAACAGCAUCACUCGGGGAGAGAAAUGUGAAAAAUUAAGCUUCAGAAAGUAUUUUAACAUAGAUUUUUUGCAUGCAUAUAUUAUAAAUAAUAUUUUUAUGUAGUGUCCGUUUAUUAACGUGCCUCAAGUAAUAGAAAAUUUUAACGCAAUUUUUGCUUCUCCGAACAGAUAUUUUACAGAAAACAGUCGUUGGGUACCCCUGAUGAGACUGUCUCUUCAAAUUAACUUAUACGAUGGUAACAGAUAAUUUAGAAUCAACUGUGGUUGUUUUGUCUUUUCUUCCCCCCCUUAAAUUUAGAAAUGCCUCAGGUGCAAAACUGAACAGUUCAUCCAUAACUGUUUAUACUUGUUUUCCAAGUGAUUUUUUAUCAGUUAUAUUGAUUAUUCGCUUGUUGUUUGGAAGAGGGAGUGAAUAAGUCUUCCCACUCGAGCCCUCUUGAACUGGACGAUAUUUAAGUUGGAAGAACAGUAGAACCGCAUUAAAGAUUGUCUUUAGAAAUUGUUUGGAGCGAAUGUUGAAACUUUUACUGAUUUUACUUAACAAGGAAAACAUUAAAAAAGAACCUGAUCACAAGCUAAACCGGCGCAUUCUUACCAGUUUGAUUUCUAAAACACUACUUACAGCUCGUAGACUUGACAGUGUCAAUAUUUUGCAACGCAGUUUCGGUUACGGCAACCCAAGCUCACGUUAAGAAAGAUUUUACACCAUGACGUUUACAAAUUCAAAAUUAAUAGAGAGUUCGAAAUUAUAAUUGUUUGCCUUUAAUAUCUGUCUGUUGUAUUUGUCUUCACUUGUGAGCUCUUAUUAUCUUGAGAUUAUACACGUAAUAAAGGCUUGUGGGCUUGUGUGGGGCUCGCGAUAUCGGGCGCAUUAAUAAAUAGAAACAGGAAGAAUUAUUUUGAGUUUACACCUGACUCAAAAUUCCACUACUGGCUGGAAAAUCGUCUGAAAAUCGUUGUUAACAAGAUUAUUUAGCACCAUUACAUAAUUAUAACUAUGCCAGUGUCUUCCCCAAAUACUCGCCAAUAAAGUGCGUUGAAAUCCUACAGGGGCACCCAACAACGGUUUCCUCGUAAAUACAUUGAAAACACUUUUUAGGCUGUCCCGCGUACUUUUAGAUCCAUAGAAAUGUAUGCUAAGUGGCGUUAUAAAAUUUGUAUCUGUUCGGUCAUCCAAGGGGAACUUGAAUCUUUUCGAAAUAACAAGGGUUUUAGUUUUAUUAUCCCGAAAAUAUCAGAUGCAAUUUAACGUAUUACGAAAGUGAGAAUUUUUUCUGAUUUGUUUCUUCAUCAUUCUUGAAUCCGAAAAUUUUAGGUUUCCUUUUUUCUGCGAAAAAUAGCCUAACCUCGGGAGUGAAAUGUGAAAAAAUAAACUUAGAGAAAAUAGUAGGGCAUUUAUUAGAUUCGCUUCGAAAAUUGUACAUGAAUAGAACGGUCAUUUUUAGAAAUUUUUAGCGGUCCUCAAGUAAUACAAAAUUCUAGGCAAUAUCUGCUUCUCCGAACAGAUAUUUUCUCUAUUUUAAUAGGGAAAAUAGGGAGUGAGGCGAAAGAAUCUGGCCACUUCGAGCGUUCAUCACAGUAUCACUUCACUUGCAAACCUCCACGCUUAUAAAAUAAUGCCCUUUCCUGUUGUCAAGAAAUGAAUGUCUGGAGUUUUUCAAGAAUUUGGGGCCAAAAUAAUGGAUAUUAAAGGAGCUUUGUCACGAAAUUUAUCACUGAAAAUUCAAACGAAGGGAACUGCCAGCAAACUUGGUGAAACAUUAAAUAUUAAUUAUUUAAUAACCGCUCAAAACAACUUGAAGAUUGAAAAGGAUUGCAUUCGUGGUUUUUGAAAGCCUGUUAGCCUAACAGUUUUUCAAAAGUUCAUUUUUGAUUUUUAUAACGUUUGAUAUAAUGCUUUGGAGGCAUAUUUGUUUGACACAACGCACGCUGUUAUAUUUUCAUUCGCAUUUAUUAAUUUCUCGAGUUCCAUAGCAAAUGAGGACGCGUAAUUAACAUUUAUUAAGAUUAUUUACAAAAUGAACUAGACAACUGCAACACAAGCCAACGCUCAAUUUAAUUUGUUUAGUGGCGCGCAAAUUAGUCCCCUAACAACUGUUUUCUGUAAAAUAUCUGUUCGGAGAAGCAAAAAUUUCCAAUAUUUUUCUAUAGCUUGAGGAAGGCUAAAAAUGUCUAGAUGACUGUUUCAUCCUUGUACAAGUUUUGAAGCUUAAUAAAUUCCCUACUUUCUGAAGUUUAAUUUUUCGCAUUUCUACUCCCCAGGUUAAGCUAUUUCUCGUAGAAAAAGGAAACUUAAAACUUUCCAAUUCGAAAAAAUAUGAUUGAGAGAGGAAUAAAAAACAUAUUCUUACUUUUGUAAAUCUUUAAACUGCAUCUAAAAUUUUCGGGAAAAUAAUACUGAUGCCCUCGCUAUUUCGAAAAGACUCAAGUUCAAGACCUAGGAUGACCGAACAGAUACAAAUGUUUAUAGUGCCGCUCAAAAUUCAUUUCAAGAGAUCUAAAAGUUUUCUGGAUAGCCUAAAAAGUGUAUCUAGUACUUUUAAAAGGAAACCGUCGUUGGGUGCCUCUGAUAGCGUUAAAAAUUAUUGCGACUUAAAACGUUAAUUUCAUGAAGCUAUGGUGAGGUUGUGGUAACAGAUUCGAUUAAGGCUUGUGCGAAAGUGACGUAGACCGAGGACGUCGUCGGAAAGUGGAAAAAGUGGCUGUAACGCAUCACUGAAAGUGACCGUUCACGGGAAUUUUCGCCGUUUGCGACCGCUUGUCGUGAGUAGAGCUGUUCGCUUAUGAGUGUUUCUUAAAAGGGCUUUGAUUGUAAUGGUGUGCUAUGUCACAUAGAAGCACGAAUGAUUUACACCCCAUCUGACACGCUUGUUCUUUUCAUUCAUAAUAGAUUCCUUGCGUUAAAUAAUUGUCAGUGAAUUAUAAUUAAUAUAUAGAUUUAGCCAGGGCUAAAAGCGAAGCUCUGGUUAAUAAUACGUGUAAACAAAAAAAAAUUAAAUCGUGUAAUGCUAAACGCGGACGACAAUGAAUAUGGCUUCAAGACUAAUAGAUGUAAUUAGCAAAAAAACAAAUUGCACGUGCAGCACGCUUUUUUGUCGUUCCCUUGUUGUUGUUUUGCACGACUACAACGCUGUUUUGUACGGCUAAAACGUCAAACUUCCUAGUUACACAUUGUUUUCCUGGAGGAAUUGUCGUAUGUGCUUACCCAAUAUUUUGUCUCUUGUGUUCAUGUUCGCUUUUAAUUUUCAUUGCCGCUCAUUUUCACCUUGCUGGUCGCUAGCAUUUCUCAUUUUCUCACCGCCGCUUUGAAUUUCCGUGUUUUUCUUCCUAAGAAAUUCGUCUCCUUUGUUUUCAAUAACUCGCUCUAGCUCUUUCUCUUUUGUCCACGUUAAUGUAAACAUAAAAAAUAACGCCGAAAAAGACACGACUUUGUUGUUGUUUUUUCUUCUAAAUAAAACCUUGAGUCGCAUUUGGGUUGCCAUACCUGUUGAUUGAGUUAUUUUACAUUGGUGUGCCUGUGGUGCGGACGGUCGCUCGCUCGCUCGGUGUACGGUCACGUGAUUACCAAAUUUUCUUGGAUGGGUAGUUUACCACAUUUUCUUACCCAUGGUGCUCGGCUGCGCGCUUCGCGCGCGAGAGCUCCGCUAUCAUCAGUUUUGUUAUACGAUCGACGUCUGCGAAGUUGCCACAUGGUUCCCAGUCUCGCCGUAAAGGGUUAGGUUUAUUAUGAGUAUACCUACACCAACCUCUUGAAAUUUUAAUGAGCCGUUUCUGACAAUCCACGGAAUUUUAUCAUUUGGGCAUUGUUUGUUAGGUGAAGAAGACUUUCCACACAGAUCCGAUCGAGAGUCUGAAUCUGUCGAUAGUCGAUAAUCGAUGCGAUCGCUUUUUUCGCUGUAUUUCAGACAGUGGAAGUCUUAUUAAACGUACGCCACAGAAAUAAAUCUUGAAAAGUCAGAUUAGUGAGCGAGUGAGUUGGGAUAUGUUAAUAUGUAUCAGUUGACGUUCGACUCUUUUAGAACGUUUAUUUUAUUUGCCUUUCCAUUUUAUACUUUGAUCACUUACUAUACAUAUUCACAGUGAUGGUUCUAUAUACGGUCGUAUUUAUGAGGCUGUCGGGACCUCAAAUUAACUAAACGAUGAUAACGGAUAAACCGAAUCAGGUGGUUGUUGUGUCUUUUCUUUCCCCUUAAAUUAAAAAAUGCCUCAGGCGCAAAACUUAACCGUUCUUUCGUAACUGUUUAUACUCGUUUUCCUAGUGAUUUCUUAUUAGUUAUGAUUAUUUGCUUCUUGUUUGGAAGAGGGAGAAUAUAGGUAUGGAAAAAUCUUCCCACUCGAACAAAAAGUUUGCAGGAAUUGCUAGUUAAUUACUAAAAUAGAACAGAGCUUGGAUUCGCUUGGAGAAUCGCUGCCUUGAGGUACAAGCGAUUGAUGUUUAUUCUCUCUUGUGUUUAAACUAUUCUUCCUUUGAAUAAUUACUUUUAGCGGUGCUCUUAGAUUCGCUAACGUGGUUUCUGUUAAAUGUGGCCUCUACUUUCGUUUUGACUUGCCCACCGUAAUUUUACUGAUUUUACUUACCAAACAAAACAUUAAAAAGAACCUGAUUACAAGCUAAACCGGCGCACUAGUUUGAUUUCUAAAGGAAGGAAGGAAGGAAGUAUAAGAACUCUAUUAUAGUGUCGAGGUUGCCAGCAUACAAUGUACGCUAAUUGGGGACACCUAACCACAAUAGACCUUUUCACGGUUUAUGACGCAAUCUUGGCUGGUGGGCAAACACGGCUAAAAUUAUAGUGAAUGUAUGGGAUUUUGGCCCAACUGGAACCGCUAUUAACGCCGCUACAAAGAGGCGGAUUUCCAACAUUUGCCUCUGCUUUAAUUAGUUUUAUUGAUAUCACAAAUAAGGCUAUUAAAGGAGGUACGACGUUCGUAAAUUCGAAUUAUAAAUCUUCUCAUGUGGCUUCUAUAAUUUCAUGCUUCAUGGAUAAUGUUGAUUAGAAUUGAGGGUUUGUAUGAAAUCUUAAAAAUUCGUUUACGGUCGUUAUAACCUGACUCAUAAUUCCACUAGUGGCUGGAAAAUCGUCUGAAAAUCGUGUUUAGCAAGAUUGUUUAGCACCAUUACAUAACUAUGUCAGUGUCUUGGACAAGCCUUAAUGUUAUUCUCAAAUUCCUUGUAAAUAAAAUAUAUAAAAUGAAUAAAUAGAUUUAUAAAGCGCUUAAACUAUGACAUAUUCUAAUGCGCUACCUAAUUUACAAUAAUAAAAUGCAACAUUGAAAGAGGAAUAAAUAAUAAAAAAUCAAAAUCAUUCAGGUCUAAAAGCUUUCUUGAAUAAGUAGGUUUUAAGAUGUCAAAAACAGUCAAUAUUUGAAAUAAGUCUUAGUUCCAAAGGUAGGGCAUUCCAUAACGAUAGACUAGCGUGGGCGAAAGGAUUUACACUUUGUUUGUGGCACUUGCAGCAGUCUCUGGUUCAUGAUCUGAUAAUAAAGUAUAACCUCCUGCAACUUUAGGUUUCAUAAAAAUCUCUAAUGUGCACAGGGGCCUUGCCUUCUAAUGCCUUGAGAACAAGUAAAAGAAUCUUGAAUUGAAUUCGGAAAUAGACAGGUAACCAGUGCAGUUUAGUUAGAAAAGAAGUGAUAUGGUCAAACUUCGGAAUAACACAAAUCACCCGAGCAGCAGCAUUAAGGAUCUUCUGUAACCGGUCGUACUGUGAAAAUUAGGUAUGCCUAAGAGAAUUGCAGUAGUCAAGGUGCAACAUGACAAAGGCGUGAACCAGAGAAAGAAACUGUCUCAUUUGCCAGAUGGUAUAUAGGCCAUGAAAAGCUUUACUACAAACUUUGAAACAUGAGUAUCCAUAGACAUAUGAAUGUCAAACCAUGCGCUCAGAUUACGGACACACUCCACAGGUUUUAAUAACAGAGGUACCGACAGCAAUUGACUCAAUGGAAACCUUGGAUAACUGCUGGUAAGAGCCAAUGAUAAGAAAUUCAGUCUUCAUGUCAUUAAUUAAUAGCCGAUGAGAAACCAUCCAAAUGCGAACCUCUGCAAUACAUUCCUCAGUCACUUUGAUAGCUUCCCUCUGAGAGUUAGAGGAGCUGGGUUUAAAAGAAAAAUAUAAUUGCGAGUUAUCGGCAUACGCAUGUGCUUCAGGGAGAUGCUUUGCCAUUACUUUAAACAGUCCAGAAGCAUAUAGGAGAAAAAGAACAGGGCCCAAACAACUGCCUUUGGGAACUCCACAAUGCAGAUCAAAGGGCUUAGACAGCUGCUGAUUAAGAACUAUUUGUUAUUUCCUGGCUGAUAAGUACGACUCAAACCAAUUUUGGGCUUCGCCAACUAUGCUAUAGUCAUUCUCAAGAAUAUUUAGCAAAGUUCUAUGGUCUAUGGUGUCUAAUACAGUACUCAGAUCUAAUAAGGCGAGAAGAGAAACUUCUGUUGGUCCAUAGCCAUGAGAAUGCACUUUGGACCUUUACCAGUCGAGAGCAGUCUCAGUUGAACGGAAAGUGCGAUAGGACGACUGAUUCACAGGUGGUAGUGGCGCAUGAAUUCUACCAUGAGCAAACAGGUGACCAAUCACUGCCUGUUCAACAACUUUGGCAACAAAAGGUAGAUUACUUAAAGGUCUAAAGUUGUUAAAAAUCUAAUUAAGGCCAGCCUUUUUAAGCACUCGAGGAAUGACAAUAGUGCUUUUCCAAUAGUCAGGUACCCGUCCUUUCCGAAAAGAUCAAUUUAGCGUUAAUGUAAUAACUGGAAUAAGCACAUCAACAGACUGUUUCACAAGCCAAGUAGGAAUAGGAUCAAGACUGCAUGUAGCAUUCAACGAACCAACAAUAAUUUUAUGUACAAUCAACUUCUGAAGGUGGAGAGAAACUGUCCAGCCCAGUUUCAGGUGACCGGAAUUCAACAUGAGGACUAUUAACCACAAUGUUGUCAAUAUCAGCUUUGAUCAUCUCAAUCUUCCUGCAGAAAAAUUCCCCAAACUCAUUAGCCAAUUGAUGAGGACGCUCAUGAGGAGAAAAUUAUUGCAUUGUCCUGACGCUCCUUGCAGAGAGAAUUUACAACACUGAAAAGUCUUUUAGAGUUUCCAGCACAGCUCUCAAUGAGCUCAGAAUGAUACGCGGACCUAGAAGCAUUAAGAAGAGCAGAGAACUUGUUACGCACAGUUUUAAAGGCAUCCUUAUCGCAUCGAAGCUGGUUUUUAGCAUUUUUCUUUCCAAUUUCCUAUGUGUGGCCUUGAGUUUUUUCAGGCAAUCAUUGAACCAUGGUAGUAAUAUUUCUGUCUUACAAUCCUCACUCUUGACUUCAAUGGAGCAUGCAAAUCAAGAAGAUUAGAUAAAAAUUAAUAACCUCGUAUUAACUCAUCACUAGGUCAUCGACACAGGACAAGGCUGUACCGCAGAGCCCAGAUGACAUAAUGUCCUCCUUAAAAGUGAAACUCUUCAAACUGGGUUCAUAUAACAGUUCGAGGUGUACAUAUUUUAUACUAAAUUGUACAUACCCAGAAUGUGCCUCAUGUAAUUCUCUCUAUAUUCCCCUCAGUGUUUUAAUUUACCGGUGGUUGAAAUAAGUGCCACACCUAUAACAGGGAAAAUGAAAUAAGCGCUGCGUCGCUUAAUUGAUCAGUUACGGUAAGACAUAAAAAACAGUAACAUCAUAUUGCUUACAGUUUCAGUGGUAGACCAUGCUAUGAUGGUAGACUAUCUGGCUCUCAUGGACUUGAAUGACCAUCUCACUUCAUUUGAAGGAAAUGAAACAAGCUAAACUUUUUGUCUUUUAACGGCCCUGUUUAAAAAUAAGUCACGUGAGACAUAGAUUACACUAUAUCACUGCACAUACAGUCAAACCUCUUUAAUACGGACACCAAAGUGAGAGAACCAAGUGUCCGCUUUACAGAGGUGUCCGUAUUAUAGAGGUAGGGAAUGUAUGAUUUUUGGCAUUUCUGGGAUUAAACGAACUGUCCGUAAUAGAGAGGUGUCCGUAUUAUAGAGGUGUCCGCAAGGAGAAGUUAGACUGUACCAAUUACUAUUUUUUUUUCACAGGAUUUUCUUGGAAAGAGUGACCCCUAUUUGGAGCUUGCAAGGUCAAAAGAAGAUGGAACUUUUGUUGUUGUCCAUAGAACAGAGGUUUGUUAUGUCAUGAAAAGCUAUAACAAAAAGAAAUGUACUUUAUUAUGUACAAAUUUCUCGUUAGUUACUUAAUACUCUACCCACAGUGGUUUUCAAAGAAUGGAGGUCAAAAGUGUUGGCUGCCUACGUGUAGGGUGCAGCUACACAUAAUAAAAGCGUUUGGACCUUUCCACCGAUAUUAGUAAAACUAGCGACCCCUCCCCUCCCACCUCAAACAAAGUGAAAUUUUGAGCAAAUUGGAUGGAAAAGAGUGCUUACAACCUUGCUGGGGGGAGUGGGGGGGCAACAUGAUGAACCCAAAGCUGAUCAAAAAUUGUCAUUAGGGGCAGCAGUCCUACGUAACAAUUGCUUAGAUUAGGGGCUCUUUCACACAUUUCCAAGUUCUUUUGUCCUCCCUUGUACAGUUUUGUAAAAGUUCAGGUCCUUCUUCAUGCCUAUUAAUCCAACUUGCAGGUUAUUAAGAACAAUUUAAAUCCAAGGUGGAAAGCAUUUCAAAUUCCCACUCAGCAGAUAUGUAAUGGGGAUUAUGACAGGACCAUUAGAGUAAGCAAUAAAGCACUUUUUUCUUUACAAAAUACAUAAUUAUAUCUUUUUAUUUUAAAACUUGUGUAAUUUGUUUAAGACAAGGACAGCAGCGCUUUGACACUGUUUAAAAAUUUGUGCGCCUUUUUUAACCAAUGAUAAAACAUGUGCUUUGAGUUCUUUAAACAGCGUCAAAAACAUCCCUGGGGCAUUUCAUUCAAUAGGAUUUAAUAGGAUUGUUAAAUAAUGCAUUUAUCUUUUUAAGAUGUAUUUAUUGAACAAAGUUAAACAAAAGCAGCAAAAAAUGACAAAUGUUGGGUAAAAAUAGUUAUGCAAAUGCAUUUUGCAACUGAAGUGUACAGUUUUUAAACUGUAGACGCUUUAAAGCAUCUAUUUGCCUUCGCAAUUCGGCUAUCCAAAUGAAAGAGUUUUCCACAGUUAACUGGCCUCAGAAGAGGAAAAAUUGCUCUCAUAUACUGCCGCUAAAUCUAACUGCAAUGUGGCAUAGUGGGCAUUGGUAAGAAUUUGAUUAUGUUGUUCGUGACUUAUUUUGGCCAUUCCUUCGUGAAAUGGUAAUAGUAGUAUAUUGAGAUCAGGACCUCAGUUUGGUGCCAUCUCGGUUUGAAAACUUUGUUUUUCGUUUUAGAAUAAAAUAACCAGUCACGUUUUUUUGUUAGGUAAAUAUGAACUUUUUCUGCCUUCAGUAGAAAGAUUUUGUCAAUUCUUUUACUUUUCAUUUAUUUGCAAAUCAGCUGGACUGUCUUGUGUAAAAUUUUAUUUUUAUUAGUAUCCUUUAUAUUAAAAGGCCAACCUAAUCAAUAUUCCAUUGUUUCGGUCAUUCACCUUCAUAUUUUCCCUAAGGCUGAAUUCAAAGCCUUCCCCUAACUGAUAAGUUUGCUGAGUUUUACCGGGUGUAAAAGUCCUUACAUGUGAUUGAAUUUGCAAAGUCUAUUAGACAAUAUGCCUACAGAAUAUGUUUUUUAAAAAGUUUUGAAACGCUUACUGAUCAUAUCUAAGCAUGUCUUUUGAGCACUAUAAAAAAUAAUUAUAUACUGAAAGGGAAGUUAAGAAUAUAUAAAAUCACCCUUUCCUGAAGUCUUAUUACUUUCACUUCUAAGUGAAAAAAAUAAUAAAACUUGACCAAGGCGAAAAUUUUCAGAUUUCAUGUUUUGACUGGGAUUCGGAUGGAUCACAUGACUUUAUUGGAGCAUUCACCACAAAUCUCAGAGAGAUGUGCUCUAUUCAACCGCCCAAGGAGGUAAAUAAAUUGAUUAAACUUACAGGGAUGACAAAGGUGGAAUAACGUUUUCAUAAAAUUCAUGGGAAAUUAUGCUUCUUUUUAAGACUUUGUCCUUUUUCCAUAUAAACGUUCUUAAUGGUAUGGGGUGGGGGAGCUAAGAGAUGGCCUGGCAAUGUACAUUUAUUGGUAUUUUGUGAUUAAGUGUGGUUUGGGAAGUUGGGUAAUAGCCCACUGCAAUGUUCUAGAAUCUGGUGCGACACCUUGCUUGGUUCCAGAGACAUUUCAUGCAAGUUUUCCAGUUUUGAUAAACUCUUAAUAUAAGUGACCUGUGCAGCCUAAUUGUACCUGUUUUCUUCUCACAUCUUUGCGCAUGUGGCUUAGACCUUCGGCCUAUGGCUGAUCCUGAAACAUUUCACUGUUUGCGAGAAAAAAAGAAAAACCUAUGGUGCCCAGGAAAGUAUUUUCUUUGUUAAUUCAUGUCACAGUCUUCUUUUUAUUAAUUUCCAGGUUCAAUGGCCUUGUAUGAAUGAAAAGAAACAGAAGAAGAAGCGUGGAUACAAGAAUUCAGGAGUAAUUUUUCUUUCAAAAUGUGAGGUAGAAUGAAUACUUUCAACCUCAGCUCUCACAUGUUUGUUGGUUCAGUGGUGAACAUAAUAAAAAAAGCUCAAAUUGAACUGAAUUAGAGUUACAAUAAGAUCCAAACUUAGGGCUUCCUUUUCCGGAGGUGAGCCAAAAGUAAUUACAUAUAUAUUGUAUGUGUAACAUGUAAAAGAGCUCUAUGUGUAGCCACGAAUCACCUUUUUGCCCACAUCCCUAAACCCUGGGAGAUCGUGCAUGCAUUUUCUGAGGACCAAUUUUAUUUAAACACAAACUGAUUUGAUUAAGCAGUUACUGGUUUGAUUUUUUUCUUUGUGUUCCCAUGUCGUUGCAUUUGUUAGUCUCAAUAUUUUAGAGUUCCUUCUUAUUUUAACAGGUAGUCAAAGUAUCAUCAUUUUUGGACUUCAUUCAAGGUGGCUGUCAACUUAACUUUACAGUGAGUUUUGAAAGAAAUAUUCUUACUUUUUAAUUCUAAGACCUUUCUGAACUUACCCUUAAUUAACUAGACCAUUUCUCAUAAAGUUGUAGGUUUAAUACACAACAUGAUUGGUUUAAAAAACUCUCUCAGACUCAUCACUCUGACCCCGAUUCCGUGACUAGUAACCAACAUUUAGAAGUGCCAAUAUCUUCCUCAAGAGAAGCUCGAGUUGUUGGGGGAGGGGGCGGGGGUUGAGGCAUGAGGAUUUAAAGAGAGGCUUGUUAGUCUAUGCAAAUUUAGUGCAAGAAAACUAUAUCAUAAUGAGGCAUUUUAUACCUUACAGCAUGCAUCAGUGUCAGGCUGUAAGAUAGUGGCAAAAACAGGCACAAACACCAUCUUAUGUAACCCUUUAAGCCCUUAUAUCUGCAUACAAACUCUCCCAUCUGAUCUCCGUACAUUCCUUACAGGAUUAGUUGAGAGAAUUUGUUCAAAGUUCAAAUGUUUUCCCUUAGGUUAUUUUUUUUGUAUUCUUAUCAACUUUUCUUUUAAUUGCGUAUUAAUAUUGUUAGGAGAAAAUUGAUGUUGGUCACUCUUGGGACUUAAAGGGUUAAUGGGCCAUUUUCGAGUUUCCCCGGGCCUCUGUAUCAAAACAAGGUUAAGUGCUCAGCCUUUGAUAUGGAAAUGAUUUUUUCAUUCUCAUGCAAAUAAAAUUCGUUUUUACGGGAAAUACUGUGCACUUGCCUUCAAUUUAAAAGUGAGGGUUUUAUAACUCGGAAGUGGCCUAUGAUCCUCAUUGCAGAGGACAUCAACUGUAAAAUAACUCACUAACAGCUUCACUUUGUCCCUUACAGUCAAGGAACCGCUCACUGCUGCUACAACCAGUUGCAAAACUUUUGAGAGACUCCGACCAAAAAGCGACUUUUCUUGCUUCAAAUCUCUGUUAGUCACCGGUCUGUGAGAUAAACUUUUUAUUCUGACUUCCCUCCACCCUUCCAUUCAAAGUUGUUCCCCCAAGUUUUGAGCAUGGUCUUGUAUUGCUAGCCACUAUGAUAAGGGGUUGAAGGGGGGGUCACAAGCACAAGAUCACGGACAGGCCAUCUAAGCCAAAAUACAGUAGUGUCUCAAGUACUUUUGCAACUGGUUGUAGCCCUAUUUUUGCCCAUACAGUCGUAGACAAGUAACAUCUCACUGUGGAGAUGUGAAAAUAUUUGACUCUUCCACCUUGAGAAGCACUAUAUAAGGGUGCUAUCACUGUACAGGCUGUAGUUCUAUUGGCCCUCUAUUUUAAUUUUUCUACAUGGCUAACAGGUUGGAAUAGACUUCACAGCCUCAAAUGGUGACCCUACUAAGAGCACUUCACUUCACUUCAUGAAUCCUUAUGCACCAAAUGAAUACAUGCAGGCGCUGAUGGCUGUGGGGGAAAUUAUUCAAGAUUAUGACAGGUAAUCAUAACGGAAGAAUGGUAGUAUAGCCUGUGAACAGGCCUUCGGGUGAGGGAGAAUCCGCCUUUCUCCCCUGAUUUUUUCACCCUUUCCCCAAACUGAGAGCCUGUUCACUGCCUGGCACUCCCUAUAAAGGCCUAUAUGCGGAGGCUUCGCCAGAAAGGGAUACUUUUUUCAGACUUCAGAUUUAUACGGUGGCUCUUGAAUCCGGACGUGUUUUGGAUUCUGGGAAGUGUUUUUCGAUUCUGGGGCUUGUUUUGGAUUCUGGGACGUUUUUUCAGAUUCUGUGGAUGUGUUUAGGAUUCUGGGAAGUGUUUUUGGAAUCUGGGAUGUGUUUUGUCCUUGCGAACCACUGUACAUUUACAUGUAUAGUAUACAUGUAUGACAGGGUGGGAAAAUCUAUCAUUUAAGCACUUUAAUUGAAACAUUUUGAAAGAUACUUCCUAUGGCUCUAUCAUUUUAAUAGGCCAUUUCCCACAGAACGUCUAAAUCAAAACAAGGCUAAGUGCUCAGCCUUUGAUGCAGAAAUUAUUUUUCAUUCUCUUGCAAAUAAAUUAUGCAACUAAAUUUGUACAAAAGGUUGUGCACUUGGUUUCAUUUCGAAAGUGAGUGUUUUAUUUAAAUAUAUUAUUGUAAUUUUUACAAUACUGUGAUAAAACUAUGAUAAUAAUAAGGAAAAAGACUAGUUCAUGAAUAAUAAAACUAAAAUAAAAAAUAUUUACAAAUACUUUAAAAAAUGUGAUAGCGUUUAAAAGAUACUAAAAUUGUGAAAAUUUACAAAUUCACAGAAAUUAGUCCACGAUUAUACCAUCGCAGCCAUGGUGUCUAUGAAGGGGUUCCUUGGGCGAUUGGUUUUCAAAUUCGGCUUUUGUCAAUAAGGCAUAAUUAGAUGUCAUGCGUUUUACGUAUUAUGUUGAAGUUAAUUAUUUGUGUCAGUUAAUUUUUGUUUUUCCUUUGUUUUAAAUUCAUUAGCAUACAUUACCAUACCCAAAAACAAUGGAAAAAUAAAAAUUAACGGAGACAAAAAAUUAAUUACAACAUAUAUCUUCUUGAUUUUAUUUUACAGUGACAAACUGUUUCCCUCAUUUGGGUUUGGAGCCAGAAUUCCACCGUCAUAUCAGGUAAAUCAGAAAAAGAACUUUCAGUUUAUACAGCUUAAAUCCUUGGACCCGACCCAGUUGUUCAAGAGUAGAUUAAACGUAUUGUCUUGUAAAAUUGCCAAAACCUGCGGUUAAAUCUUAUUGCCUCGUAGAGGAGGCUAUUUCUAAUUGGUGCUCACAACAGCUAAGAGUAUUACCAACGGAAAGCUUAGUCACGAGGUAGUCGUAGUUAAAAAAACAGUGAUGGCGAAUUUGAACCUCGAGUUACUUUGUAAACAAAUCUACUGCAGAAGUUAGUUUAGCCUUGCUUAUGAAAAUUCGCGUCCAGAGCUACGUUGUUACUGAGCUCCUGUUUCAAACUGGACUCAAAAUCAACAUGUAGAAGCUUUCAUGUUUUAUCACGGUUCGUACUGUCCAUGGAAAACCUGGAAAGUCGUGAAAUUUCAUUUUCAAGGCCUAGAAAGUCAUGGAAUUCAAUUGUUGGUCCUUGAAGGUCAUGAAAAAUUAAAGUUUUGUUUGGUAGAUUAGUUACUGCAGAUGACAAAGAAAGGAUAACGUGAGAUAAAGAGGAGUAAUUAAGCAGCGCGAACAUUUUGGUGGAUACCACAAUUUGUUUCUUUUGAACUGUUUAGGGUAAAAAUAUGCUGAAACAAGUAAAGUUCUGAAACCUUUCCAAAAUGACAGCUAAACCUAAGGUCAUGAAAAACUAGAAAAGGCCAUUGAAAAAGUCAUGGAAGCGUGAGGUGGACGCAAAGUGGAAGCAAAGCGCAAGAGGAUAAAAUACCAAAUAAUUAAAUGUGAUGUUACACGGGACGAUUUGCAACGACGAUUUUUUAACGCAACACAUCAAUUCAACAUUGUUGCGACAUUGUUUCGAAUGGUUGCAACAUUGUUCCAACAUUGCUACGCUGUGUUGAGCAAAAAAACCGUCGUUGCGAAUCGUCCCGUGUAAGAUCGCCUAAAGGAAAGAUAAACGUAGCCGAAAAAGGCGUUAUGCUCGUGUCUUGCGCUCCAUGCUCACCUCUUACUUGCCUUAAAAAGGCAAAAUAGGACACCGAUGUUGCAGGUUACUGUCUCUCUAUCUAUAUCUUACAGGAAACAUGUUUUACACUUUUGUUUAAAGAGAAAAAAAAAAAUUACUUCAAUUUUUCAGGUUUCCCAUCAGUUUCCAUUGAACUUUAAUCCUGGCAAUCCGUACUGUGCAGGUAUUCUUAAACUAUCCUUGUUAUGCAUGACCUAAAGCACAGAGUAUAAAGGGGUCUCAAGGGAAAUUACGACAGGCGUGAGCGGCACGCAAAAGGUGACACUAGUACAAGGGGGGGGGCAAUUUGCCACCCCCUCGCACGUUCCCUCGCGGUACGCUUCUCUCCGGCUCUGUUUUAUCAGUGUUUUAUAGCCGGCUAAAAGGGAUUCCGUUACCGUAACAGCCGUAAAUGAUCUAAUAGAGCGUUUUCACUUGCGUGGCCAGCAACUAUGCAAAUUAAUUGCGACAAAAGAAGGUCUUUACAUGAGUAAAGCGCUCUACUCACACUGGGCUGCUUUUGGACAGCAACAUUGCCGCCGUUUUAUUGUUUUAGGACAUCAAAGGCUCUAUAGGUACCCUCUUGCAAGUAAACGCCUAUGGUCUGAAAAAAAAAAUGUAGCCUGCGAAUACAGCCGUUUCUUCUAGUUUCUCGCCGCUAGGGACGUUCGUUGGGAGGAACGUCUGGGCCUCAGAAAUUCCAUACUGAUGACGUAAAUCAAUGUUUACAUAACAAAUCCGGUAGUCCGGUAGUCAUGGGGAUCCAAAUGUAAAUUUGUUGAUAAUCAUGUUUCUCCUGUCCAAUAUGGUAAAGUUUUGUGUGGUAGUGCGAACGAGCAACUACAGCAAAACUCUCAGAUGCUUUUUCUAACAUUGUUUUGUAGAACGUAGAUUCCUCACGUUUACGACGACCCCGUUUGCCUUUGACCUUUGUAGCCGUUUGUCUGUUGUCUGUCAUUCGUAAACAAUAGGUAAAACAAUAGAAUUAUUAUGUCGACCAAUCAGAGCCGCUCCUGACAAAAAUUCUGGACAGAUUUUACGUCAUCAGUUUGGAGUUUAUGUUGCUGAGGCUCACACGUUCCUGCUGGCGAAACGUCUCCAGCGGCGAGGAGAAAGGAGAAACGGCUGUAUUCGCAGGCUAAUGAAAAUCCGUCCCUUACGCUUAGAAUAGAUGCCCCUCUCUAAUACACGCCCCUACUCUCCUGAAUAGACGCCCGCUUGUCUGUGGUUCCUGAAUACUGCAAAAUAGACCAAAAUAAUUCAAUUUAUUCAGUUUCUUGCUUGAUUAACAAUAGUUUGCGCAUUGCAUCUUGUGCAAUUUCAAGUACAAAGUAAGGAUAUUGACAUUGGAUCUGAGCUUUAAAAAAAGAACAAUGUCGACUAUAAACGCCUCCGCUUGGGCUCCUAAAAUUUAACAGACGCCCCAGGCGUCUUUUAGAUCAUUUCCUGUAAAGGUGUGACUUUUUCCUUCUAGGUCUCCCUGGUUUAGUUCAGGCUUAUCAGACCUGCAUACAAAGUGUACAGCUUUAUGGCCCAACUAACAUCUCGCCUAUCAUCAGCCAUGUUGCACACUUUGCACAACAAGCAGCUCAAACCCCAACUGCCACUGUAAGUAACAUGCAUAAUUUUUUGUCAGACCUUUGGCCCGGCAUAUCAGAGUGAUUGAUAUGAUUCAUGUGAAUUAUUUGAUAUAAAACUAUGACAGGGUGAGCUUUGUCGGUAAAGUGCUGGCCGACAGAGAGGGAACAACACCCAGUCUUAAAUAUCGUAGAAAUGAAAGUACUGUCAUUCACCUUACAAACGGUUAGACCUUCCUGUGCCAGGAUGACGAAGAAGAAAUGACAGUCCAGUCUCCAGUAGGAAAUUUUUUUCCUAAAUACAUAAGCUUUUUAAUAAAGUACAUUUUUAAAAAAAGAAAAUCGUAGAUGACCGGAACGUCACCAAAGAUAAACUUUGUCGAUAAUACAGAUAAUGUUGAUAGUGCAAUGUGAAGUGAAAAGUGAGGAGAAUCUAUUUUUUCACAUGUUGAAGGGUCAAAGGUUAAUGCCUCAAACUAGCCUCCAUACCUGGGCUUGUCAACAGAGGUCAAUGUGGUCAUAGUGUUCAGGACUAGCGAGAUAUUUAUUCCAGAGACUAACAGCUAAUUUUCUUAGACUUGUUUAUUUCCUGGGCAGGUGGCUCUGUUUAAACUGCUGAAACGUGGAUUCAAGGACGAAAGAUUUUUCUCGUCAUGUUGCUGACAAUUUUUUGUAGAAAAUCAGCAACGUUUACGAAUAAAUAAACCACGAAGUCUUUAAGCACAUGGUUAAAAGCACAAAAGAAAACAAAAGGGGAGUCCGAGCCCCUGAGACGUAACUUAGUGCCUAGUGCCAACACGUCCGUAAAUUUAAAAGUAAAUUCACCAAUUUCACAUAGGCCAUAAAAUAAUGCGGCUUACCCCCCCCCCCCCCAAACGUUUGCUUAAUCGCUGUCUUCGAUUUCAGUAAACAAGGUGCAUUAUGGUCUAUGUGAAAAUGGGGAAUAGACUUUCAGUUCGGAGUAAGUAUUUGUUCACUUUAGAUGUAACAGUUUAUUGUUAUUAUUAUUAUUAUUAUUAUUAUUAUUAUUAUUAUUUCUUUUUUUUUUUUUUUUAAUAGAACUACUUCAUACUUCUAAUACUGACUGAUGGUGUAAUCACAGACAUGGAUCAAACCAAGCAGGCUGUUGUAGCAGCAUCAGCGCUUCCCAUGUCAAUCAUUAUUGUUGGAGUUGGAGGGGCUGAUUUUGCCAUGAUGGAGGAACUUGACAGCGAUGACGCAUUGUAAGGAAACUUAAGCAAAACUUUAACUUAUAAUAACAAUAGUAAUAAUAUUGCGCUUUCUGACGGUGUAUCUUCGUAUUACUAAAUUGAUGCAGAAUAGGAGGAAGACUGGGAACAAAUCCGUUGUAUGAAGUUGGAAGGGAUGGCUCUAGGGUGACAGUAAAGAGGGGUGGUUGAAUAUGCGUCCUUCCUGACAUCUUCCUUUGGCACUCCGCCUCCUGCCAUUCAAGAUGUCAAAGUUUUAGCCACCAACACAAGUCUUCCCCAGCUGCAGUGCACAAGCAAUGGGUAACCCCUCCCCCCAAAGAGGAUCCAAACCCGUUAGAUAAAUGUGGAACAUUAUUUCUCCUGUGUGGUGGAGCUUUUUGUCCUUAGCAGGGUUACCUCAGGCUUUUGUGUAGUUUCUGUAAAAUAAAGCUGCAAUGAGUAAUUUUACUUUCUCCUGGUAGCCUCGAAGUCGUGAAAGGUGGUUCAAGAAUUCGCUUACAUUGUGGUGUGCAAGUCAAAGGUGUCAGAGGGAGCGGGGGGAGUGUGGGAGGGGCAGUUCCCUUCUCUCUCCCUGUUGUCCAUUUUCAGGUUCUGCAUGUGACGUAUGGUCACGUGACUACCAAAAUUUCUUGUGGAGCUCCGCUAAAAGAACGGACAGCGUUCCCCAACCAGUCCAACAGUCAGACUCAGUCUUCAGCGCGAUCCCAAAAUGGGCAAUAGCCACCCUACUGAUCGCGCUUUGUACUGUCUGCUAUAUCCAAAAUCAAAGAUGGCUUCUGCAGAAAUGCAGAUCGCUCGCAUGCGCUAAACAUACCUCUGGCACUCAGGAAACUUCAAGGCUCUUCCGGGAUCAGCGUAUCAGUCUUUGAAAGGGUUUGAUUACAGUGGAUGAUAACAGUCUGAUUACGCUGGGUAAAAAUGGUUGCUUCACGGUUUGGGCAAAUGUUAAGCAAAAAUGAGGACGGGUAGAUUUCAGUCCGCAAUCGCGUUUACCGUUUGCACAGAUCAUUUCCAUUUACCAAAAAACGGCCGCGAAGGCACGAAUUUCCGUUUGGUAAUUCUGUCCGGAAAAAAGGGCUACCUUUUCAGAUAUUCCCUUGCUCUCGCAAAUAUUCCCUUGGAACGACUCGAAAAGUCAUGUUCCAUUUACUUUUGUAAGAGGUAAACAAUCGACUCUUCUCUUUACGAUCGUCAGGUUGAUGGCUGGUGGAAGAUCCGCACAGAGGGACAUUGUUCAAUUUGUACCGUUCAGGAAUUUCAAACAUGUAAGAAAUAUCAUCACUGCUAUUGAAGUGUAAUAUAAUUGCCGUGCAAACAUUGAGAAUUAGUUCAUUCCUAGCGUGCGUAUAUCGAGUUAUAGAUGCACGCAGGAAAUCUGGAGGGAAUUUCUGCCGAUUUUUGAGUGAUUAACCAAUUUUUUAAAACGUAGUAAAAAAUUGCAAAUUUCUCUUAACGCGCGCCACAGAAAACAAAUGCUUUUUUUGUUGUUUACCAACACGCCUACAUCAAUUUGGUUGAAAGAGAACAUUUUGUCUCAAACUGACAGUUAAAAUUUGCUUAUUUAUUCGUUAACAGUCGAUCGAAACAAAGGCAAAAGAGUUUCCAAGCCCACAUAAAGUUGAAAUACUCAGAUUUUGGUAAGAGGGCUUGGAUAUGGUUGAGAUUCAUACUGAAGAUUUUCACAUUUUAAUUUGCGACAUCCAGGAAACUUGUUCGUCAGCGAAAGCAACUCUCUGUUUUCAUAACAAAUAUAUCUGUAAGUGAACUAUAGUUACGAGUCUUUUUGAAAGGAACUCGCUACAGUUGUUUUUAUGAGUAAUAUAUGUCUUGUUUUUGCUGUUGUGACUUUAGAGGUGGCAUCACUUGCAGCCUUGUAGGCAAUAUUGCGCUCAACAUUAAAAAACAUGUAGCAGUAGUUGCAACCUUGAAUGCAAUACUUGCACAUGCAAUCACACAUAGUUAUUCUUGCACCUUUGCACGCGAUAUGACGCGUAAAAUUACAGGUGGCACCACUUGCAACCUCGCAAGCAAUAUGGUGCAUUGCAUAACUGUUGUAUCACUUACAACUUUGCACGCAAUCUUGUGCAUAACAUUACAGGGUGAGGUCGCGCAACGCCAUCUUGCGCAUACCAUCUCUUGCAACCUUGCACCCGAUAUUGCAAGUAGUAUCACAAGUAACAUUACUUGCAACCUUGCUCGUAAAAUUGCGUAUAACUUUACCAGCAGAAAUAUUUGCAACCUUGCAGGCAAUAUCCCACGUAAUAUAUUACCAACUAACGUUACAGGUAACAUGACUUGUAACCUUGUACGCAAUCUUUCAAUCCUUCACGAAAUAUUGCGCGUACAAUUACAGUUACUAUCAGUUGCAACCUCGCAAGCAAUAUUACGCGUUACAUUUUUUUAAUAUUGCUCAUUACCUUGCCGGUAGCAUCACUUGUAACUGAUUACUUUGCACGUAACCUUGUGUAUAAUAUUACAGAGUAAGCAAGCACUACUUGCAACCUCGCGUGCCUUCUUGCGCGUAACUUUAUACGUAUUAUGACAUUCAACCUUAUAUAUAAUAUUGCUAGUAGUAUUACGAGCGACAUAACUUGCAACCUUGCUCGCAAUAUUGCGUCUAACUUUACCGGUAGUAAUAUUUGCAACCUUGCACGUAAUAUUCUACGUAAGCAGGUAUCAUCACUUGCAACCUUGCCCGCAGUAUUGCACAUAGCAUUACAGGAAGCAUAAUUUUCUACCUUGCAUGCAGCAUUGCGCCAAACAUGAAGGAUUACUUACAAUUUUUGCAGCUAAAAUAACCUGUGACUUUGCACGCAGUAUUGAUGCAACGUUGCGCACAAUAUUGCUCGUAACAGUACUCUGUACAUUGCACGCAAUAAUAACCAAACAUUCUCACAAUAUUUCCCGCAACAUCACACCCGCAGCGCGGUUGUGUCUCAUUACACGCAAUAUCUCAACAACGUAACGUUCCAACAACAUUGCCAACUACGUUCUCCCGACAUAACAUAAAAAAAUAGCACGCAACAUUUUGCGUAACUCGCCCAAGAGCAAAUUUUAAGUUUGUUCAUUUAUUUGUUAUUUUAGUCCUCUCCUGCUGCACUUGCUAAAGAAGUAUUGGCCGAAGUACCAAAACAGCUGACAGAUUAUUUCAAAGCACGAAACAUCCAACCUCAGCAGCGACCAACUUGA